CUCCUAUUCAGCCCUCCCAGCCUGGAGCUGAUUCACAAGCUCAGGUCCUGGCUAAAGCCCUCCCCUCUUUCUCUCCUCCAGCAGCUUUAGACAAACUUUUCAGCGUCUCUUGGCACAAGGCAGGCUGUACAAGCGCCUUAUUGCAUCCUGAAGCUGGAUGGAGGUCUGGUGGACAUGUAGUUGAUCUGUUUGGAUAGCUGCUCUCUGCGCCCUUGGAAGGAGAUAUAUACCCCGGCUGUGGGGUGUUCCUAUCAUUUGUCUGGGUGUUUAUUUAAGGUUUUUUUUUUGUGUGCGGGAUCUGCUGGAAAUCUGCAGGAAGGUUCUGUGGAGUCUGAUCCUGGGAAUAUUGAGACAGCAUCAGAUUGUCGCCGACCAAUGCAGGUAACUACACUGUUGCAACUUCUCGUUAAGUUAUUGCACACUGCAGGCUGCAUGUAUCCCUUUCCAACUGCAGGUCUUGUAAAUAAUUCCAGUGCUUGACACACUGCUUUAUAUAGCCAACAUUAACUGCUAAUCCCAUUAAUACAAAGUGUUCCCACUCUAUGCAACUUUGUAUUUCCCAAGGAUAAUCGCUAGUGCAGUUGUGCACACAAGGCCAGUGGUAAGCAAUUUCUGUCUGCCUGAAGUCAUGGGAGUUGCAUUCCACCAAGGCUGAAGGUCCAGAAGAUCCCUUAUUUCUGACGAGUACAAUUUGUUAACUCUGGAUAUUUAAAAAUCAGCAGCUAAGUCAUUUAAAAAAAAAUAAAAGGGUAAAAAAAAAAAACUACCUGUGUAAAAGGGGUUAACCGAACUUAAACAAACCGCCCCCAACGCGUGUUCUACUCUGUGUGUGGACAGGUGUGAACAUAUGUAUGUUAUCUGGGCUGGUUGUGGAUUCAGCCUGGAGGCAUUGAAGAGGUUAAGCCCCAAGCUGUCUGACUUAAAAGAGAGAGAAGGCUGUGCUGGGACUUGCCUCACCAUUCCAGCAUGUGUGUGUACCCCAACUUGUUCAAUCCAUGCAUUGUGUGUUUAUACAACCGGGACUCCUCCUUUCUUAAUAGCUAGUCAUGCCUGUACUGGCCAAGCUGUGCAGUCUAGGCUAGCAUAAAGGCUCAUCUUGGCACUCCAGAUGUUUCUGAACUACAUUUCCCGUGAUGCUCCCCCCAGUCUUAUUUCCUGGGUAAUGCCUUAUUAACUCUAUGAAUUGUCAGCAGUCUACUAAUAGGAUUAAAAUAAGUCACCUGGUCUGGCAAAGCAUCAUGGGGAGUGUAGUUCAGAAUUAUCAGACCCCCAAAGUGAAAAUCACUCAUCAAAUCUACUUUACCUUUCGCACAUGUAUACUGACUUUUUUUUUAUCUGGGCAUUUUGAUAUAUAUAUAGUAUAGUUUUAGAACUUUUUUUGGAAUGUAGAAAUCUGAUUAAACCAUUGAAUUCAUGUGCCAGGUUGUAAGUAGUACUAAUGUAAAGCACCAACGCAUUCUGCAGAAUUUACACUAAAAUAGGAAAAAAUAAUUUUUUUUUAAAACACCCUAUUGUGAAAGACUGUACUCUAGUUACUAGUUACGUAUUGGUAAAAGUAGUGUUGUUAAUUAUUCUGAAGUAAGAGGUUUUGUUUUCUGUCAGUUCAUAGGAUUUUUCCUUAAACUGCAAAUUUUAGGCCAAUAUAUUCUCCUACUAAAGCUUAAAAGUUUUUUGGCCCAGAAUUUUAAAUUCCAGAUUAUUUUCUAGCAAUUAAUGGGGGUUAUUUACCAAACAGAAAAUUGUAGUGAAGAGAAAACUGACAUGUAUGCUAUAAUACAUUUUGAAAAGGAAAUAAAAUCUUGGCUAUUUAAAAGGAAACGAUAGUGCUAGGAAUCCAAAGUGGCACCCCACCUCCCCCCCAGCUGAUAAAUGGUUAAAACCUUACCUGAUUCCAGUGCCGAUGUCCCUCAGUGCUAGAUCAGGCUUCGCAUCCGCUCCUCCUCGACGUCAGCCGACGAUGGGGACCCUACUGCGCAUGCGCCACGUGCGCAUUAGGACUUUCCCAUUGGAAAUCUGACGCUGGGUGUACCCAUGCAGAGCGUGCGGAUGCCCAGUGUCAUUUAGCGGACCUGAAGACCGCCAUUAGAGGUGGCGUUCACCUUGCAAGGUAAUUAUUGCAGUUUCUCAAUAAUUGUAGGGAUAAGGCGACAGGAACACUGCACCAAGACCACUUCAAUGAGAUGGUGGUCUGGGUGCCUAUAGUUUCCCUUUAAGACAAGAUUGUGAAAUUUGGUAUUCAAUUCACUAGAAUUGUCUAAUGCUUAGUGAAUAAGCCUCAUCGUCUAGUGAAUACAAAUAUACUAAAAGCUGCUAUGCAUCCUUAACCCCUUAAGGACAAAACAUCUGGAAUAAAAGGGAAUCAUGACAUGUCACACAUGUCAUGUGUCCUUAAGGGGUUAAACAACCUGUAAGAGUUCCUGUAUGUUUUUAACUACAUAACAUCAUUGGGUUAUGUUUAAAUACGUUAUCUUAGAAGUGUGUCUAUACAUAACAAAAAAACUUACCAACUGAAAGAUGCAUAUAGCUUGAAAAACUGAUUUAGUAGUAAGAGUCUCCAUUAACAGAUAUUUUACAUAACAAUUUAUGUGUUUGUAUCUUUUUCUGUAAGCUAUGAUGUAGCUGUAUACAUAUCUGAUGUUGGUAUUAUGAAAUGUUCACAAUUUGUAUGAAAUGAGGCAUGACUGCAACCAAUGGAUUAAUAAUUGUUUCUUUCACUAAAGUAAUCGCCAGAAUUGACACAAUUGUUUGAUUUUUGUUGUUGCUGGCCACUUUACAGAAUUCUCCUUAGUUGAAUCCAAUAUUGUCAUUGUGGAUUCUGUGUGUUUAUGCACAUCCCAUGCAUUCUUAAAUUAUUAUUUUUUUAAUGCUAAUCUUUCCAGUUUUAAAGAAAGUUACAGGUAAACACAGCCUGCUUGUCUUAGCCAUUCGACAUUUAUAGUCCUUUUUUUUGUGGUUCUAAACGUUCCAGAGUUUACUAGGAUAUGACCGCAGCAAUGUCUUCUGCUGAAGAAAGAAUUUCUACAUACUUGGUUUGAGUCAAUUAGAACAUCAGUUUCAGUAGAUGUAAACCGAAUCUGGGAGCGAUCACUUAAUGCUAAUGUAUUAAAUGCCACUCAGAACUCCGAUAAUCCACUCUUAUUUCUUGGACAGUUGCUAAUAUUUCACAAUGAUGGGCAAUAGAGAAAUAUGCUGCCCUGUAGUAUGUAGCAUUCAUGUGCCUUAGAAGAGAUAUCAGUUGAUCCAAGAAGGUACUACAGGCAGGGCUGGAUUUACACUCAUUGCUGCCCCCAAUUCCAGUUUCCUCAAAUGGGAGGAUAGGCGCUGUGUUGGGGGGGAUUCUUUUAUAGUGGGUGGAUAGAGUUUUUAGAGGGGUAUACGAGCAAUAGUGAUGGAUAGUGGCUCUAAACGGCGAAUAGUUGCUAUAGUGGCUGCAGUGGUAGUUAAUCGUUAUAAUGGGCAUACAGUGGACGUAGUAAGUGGACCUUUUUGUUUAACCCCUUAAGGACCAAACUUCUGGAAUAAAAGGGAAUCAUGACAUGUCACACAUGUCGUGUCCUUAAGGGGUUAAAAAAAACAAUCAAAACUAAAGUGUAUUCCCCUCCUGGCCCCCAUAAAACAAGGCAUUAACCUGGGCAUUUGAGGGUGGUGUUUUUUUGAUGCCCCCUGGAAAGUGCCGCCCAAGGCAAAUUCCUUGUUUGCUUCGUGGUAGAUACAGCCCUGGGUAAACUUGCUUAAAUAAUAGGUUAGGCUGACUGUCAAUCAUAACAAAAACAUUUUCAUAGGAACCUAAAAUGGGUACUGUCCUGCUGCAGUCGGAACAGAUGGAGUUAUGUGUCUAGGAAAACAUGGGUCUUGCAAUCCUUCUCACAAACCUAGUUUUGAUCUGUAAACAUGGCGCUGCUGUCACCAAUGAAUACAUGUUGACUGUAAUUGUGUUACAGCAAUCUCCAUAUCGUGAUUAAAGGGACACAAUAUGUAGGAAAUAAUCCUCCUAUUGUAAUGCAUUACUAUGAAAAUGCAUGAAAAGAUGAAAAAUACCUUUUUAAAGUUCCAGAUCUUGUAGCAAUGAUCUAAACUGCAUGUGCAGUUGCUCACCUCCACAGAUCAGGCUCUCCUUGGAACUGGGUAGCUGACAGGAAGUCAAAUUACUCCUUUGAUGUCACUUGUCUAAGGGGAAGUCCUAUAGCUGCAAGGAAUAGUUACAUUCUGCUAUGGAAAGGGAAACUGGAUCCAGGGUACCAUCUGCAUGGUAACCUUUGCAAUGAUGUAAAGUUGUUAUGGUGCUAAGUGUCCCUUUUGAUAAAAAAAAAUAAAAAAUAAAUCUCUGGUCAUGAUUUGGGCAUCUGGUACUAUUGGCAGGACAGGCAAUGCAAUUUAUUUACAUGUAUACAUAAUUAAAUGUGAAAGUAACAUCGUGUUUGGGCGUUUUUUAUUACCUAUGAGAAAAUACAGUUUUGUAUGAUUUCAGCUUUAAGCAAUAAUUCAGAAAAAAACUGACUCCCUAGAAUGUAGAUCUGAAAAACUUGUCUAAAUUUUAUUUAAAGUAACAAAUUAGACCCCUUAUUGCUGCUAACUGGGAAACACUAGAUAUAAUUUUUAACAUCUAUUGCAGGAUCAGGUUCACAGGGCCAGAGAUUUUACGGGUUAGUGUUAUCUCUAGAAUCGAUUCUCUUUGUGUCAAGAUCAUAAAUGUGAAUUGCAAAUAACAGGUGUUAACCAAAUAAAGUACGUUUUACAAUGGAAUGAUAAAAAAUAAACUGCCAACAGUUGUGAAUGAACAUACCGUAUGUGCAAUAAUUUCUUUACACCUACAAAUUAGAACCUCUCCAAUAUAUUUUCACAAUAGUCUAAUAUUUAUAUUUGGGGGGGGGGAGGGGGUAGUCAACCUUCGGCACUCCAGAUGUUGUGGACUAAAUCUCCCAUAAUGCUCUUACAGACGUAAUGAUGCCAAAGCAUCAAGGGAGCUGUAGUCCACAACAUUCGGGGUGCCGAAAGUUUGUCUACCCCUGAUUAUAUUGACAAGAAUACGAUGGACGUCUAAAUAUGUAAAGUUAUCAGUGGCUAUCCAUAAAAUGCAUGCUACAGAUAACUUUUAAAAGCUGCGUAGAGGAUCUGAUAGUAAGAUGUGCAUGAUUCGGCAUUCUCUACACCUUAAGACAAGUGUACAUGGACUGCCAGCUGACUCCCCUUCAGAAGUUACUGCAACUUGUAAAAUUCCGUUCCCAGACACAUUCCAUUUGCAGUGUGUGUUACAUCCUUUUUGUUUUAAGAUGUUCUGUUUGUUUUUGAGAGUGUCAUAGAUACAGACACUCCACUGGGUGCACCUGCAGCCGUUGGCCCAGCUGGGUCUAGUUUGGGGGUUGGGAUCAAAGACAUGGUCUCCUGUGUCCCAGAUGUUUGCUACUGUUCCCUGGCCAUUCGAACCAAUGAAUCACUAUAGGUGCUGAUGUAUAAUGCUCGAAAAGGUUGAGGAGGGGGGAUGGGUGGUGGAAGUGAAGGACCUCCAAAAUAAUCAGAGCAGUAAGGUGGGAAACUACUGUCUAUGGAAACCACACGGUCACUAUGUUUUUUUACUAAAUCCAGAUUAUUCUAGAAAUUAAUAAUUGUAUUUUUCUCAAUUGUACAUCCUCCAGUCUUUCUUUCAUUAUAAUUUUGUUUUACGAAGCAACAAAAAAGUAUUUUUUGAAAACCAUUUCAAACCUAUUUUUGUCUACUUUUGCAACUCUUGAUUUAGAACAUAUGUUUCAAAGAACACCUAAAGCACAUUCUAUCUUGUUGAAGUGCUAUAUGUGUGAAGUCCCCUUUUUUUUUAUUAUUUUUUUUUACAUAAAUAAUUUUAUUAAAAGUGCACUUUUAUAAAUUAACCUUUUCACACCCCUGGCUUUUAGACAAUUGGUGUUGUUACUUCCUGAGCGUUUAUUUCUGUGGAGCUGAACUCGAGGCAGAGAAUUACCCAGAGCCCCUUCUUUGAACAGCUUAUUGACCUGAGUUGUGUAGUCUGUGAUUAGACAGCCAGAAGAAGGGUUUGUGAAGGGUGCUCAGAGCAGGUUUGCAAACUGUUCUUUAUAUGUGUGUAUAUAUACAUACCAACAGAGUUGUGGUGGGAAAAAAGUGUGGAUGAAAACCCCUUCCACCUGAAGUAAGUGGAUAGUUAAUACAUUGCUAAACACAAAUACACACACCAGUCAAGCCAUAAGACUUGCUUUUCCCACAGAAAUCUAAUUUUAACAGUGCUCUCACUACUGCAAGUGAUUCUGGGUAGGUGAAUGCAAAUGAGUUUAACAAAGAACCACAUUUUGCCUUUUGCAACAGCUUUAAAACACAACUCCGGAUGAGGAGGAAAGCAAGUAAACCACUCGUGGACAACUGUUUCGUUGUUAAUGCAACUCAUCCAUUAACAACUGUCCAUGAUUCCUAGUUGUGAUUGUCCACUGGUCUUGAUAAAAGUCCAGUGGGACUGAAAUGUUGACACUGCUACUGUGAUAAUCUGUUGCUGCAAUAAAUAGCACUAUUUCUUUGAAUCAAAUUGAGUCCUGUGAGUUCUCUACUACAAGGUAUUUUAUUUAAAUGGCCGGAGAAAGGCACCUAAACAUUACCAAGACCGGGAGCAGUGAGUGCGGGAUAGGUGGAAAUUAUUUAUAUAAUUCUUAAUUAAAUGUGUGCAUGUUUUUAAUUGGGGUAUACCUACUAAACAGUAGUUUUGAAUUUGGGCAGUGGGAUGUCCUUUUUAAAUGUUUAAAGAGACAAGUGAGAAGUUGCACAACUGACUUGUAAAAGGAAUCUGGGACAGUUUGCCUGUGAAAAUAUGAUACAGACAAUAAUGAUUUGCAAACCUCUGUGUAAAGUAAUGUGUUCAAGUUAUCUUGAUAAUUCAUUUCAACAAUUUCCCAGUUUAGAGAUAUUCAGUCCAUGUUCCUUUGUUAGAAACCUCACAACUUGUGAUUUUAUUUUUUUCCUGUUUUUUUUCUGUUUUACUGACAAAUUUAGGAAUGCAGUCUUCCAUCUUUCCUCUUCCCCUCCAGUACCCCACUUCCAUUCUGUACCUUCUUCCAUUUUUUACUUUUCCCCGUCUCUGAGCUAGCGGUUUCUAAACCUCUCCUAUCCUUUCUCGAUGCCCUCUCGAUCCCCUCUCAUCUUGUCCAAUCUUUGUCUACUGGCAUCUUUCCUCAAACAUGACAUUGUUAAUCCUAAAAAAAGUCAUCUCUUAAACUUACCACUCCUUCUCACGAUUAUCCCAUAUCACUACUCCCCUUCACUUCUAAGGUUCUUGAGCGGGAUUUAUUUACAUGUCUAACACAAUUUCUCUCCUUGACCCACUUCAAUCUGGCUUCCACUUCGUCCAUUUUACUAAAACUGCCCUUACCAAAGUGACUAACGACUUAAUCACUGUUAAACAUAAAGAUCAUUACUCUUUUUAUCCUCCUCUGACCUCUCUGCUGCCUUUGAUACUGUUAACCACUCUCUUCAAACCCUCCACAACCUUGGACUUGGUGACACUGUAUUUUCUUGGUUUUCAUCCUACCUUUCUGAACGCACAUUCAGAGUCUCUUUCUGAGGUGCAACCUACUCCCUGCUGUCUUAGUUGGUGUUCUCUAAGGCUCUGUUCUUGGUCCUCCAUUUAUUUUCCAUCUACACUGCCUCUCUCGGCAACGUUAUUAACUCCUUUUGUUUUUCAGUAUUCUCUCUAGGCUGACAAUACUCAGAUUUACCUCCUCUCCUGGAGCAUUUCCCAAACUGCCUCUCUUCCAUCUCUAACUGGAUGUCUUCCUGUUUCUGAAAUGUAAUCUUUCUAAGACUGAACUCCUUAUCUUAUCCCCCUCAAACAGAUUACCUCUAUCAAUCUCCCUGCAAGUCUAUGGGACACCUAUUACUCCAACCCUUCUAGCUUGCUGCAUCCAGUCUGGCUCCAAAUCCUGUAACAUUCUCCUUAAAAAUAUUGCCCCAUUCACCCAUUUCUAACUCAAACUACAAUUAAGGCACUUGUUCAUGCACUCCUCAUUUCCCAACUUGACUAUUGCAACUCUCUACUCAUCGGCCUUCCAAAUAUCCGCCUUGCUCCUCUUCAGUCUGUAAUGAGAGCUGCAGCCAGGCUCAUUUUGCUGAAUUUCUUUAGGAAAGCUUGCCAUCUUCCUGGACGACGCUCCUCUCAUUUCACUGCUCUCAUUGCUUCCCUCACCUCCACAGCCCAGCUCACUCUCUCCGGCCACUGUUCGAUUCCUUCCACCGUCACAUUUAUUGGCAUAUUUCAACACAUACAUCUUAUCCAUCGACGUAGCUGACAAGCUGUUUGGGAAUCUUUACUCCUUCCUAAUAGAUUGUAAGCUUGUUUGAGCAGGGCCUUCUUUACCUCUUAUCGCUGUUAUAUACCAUAUGUAAAUUACUUGUCAAAUGUCCCCAUUUUAUAAUUGUAAUGUGCUGCAGAAUAUGGCGCUAUUAAAGUGAUGAUACUAACAAUAAUUCAUUUUUAUUGGAUCUUUCUAAAAUUAAUCUGUACGGUGAGGGUUUUUUUUUUUUGUUUUUUUUUGUAUGAACAAAGCGGUUAUAAAAUGAAAGUGUGGUCAAACGAUUACAGUUUAAAUACAUUCAAUACAUUUACAUGGUAGUCACCUUCCAAGUCUCCCCUUACUGGUGUGGAAAUGCUGGCAUGUAGAGGUAGGUAAGGAUGGCUGUGCACUGCAGUACUCUGUUAAUUUGUUUAUUGUGCGCAGUACAGCUUUGUAUCUAACAUGGGUAGUACUGUAUCCUUCUGAUGUUAUGUUUCCAGUCAUCCCAAUGACCUGUUGUGUGGUUUUCUCAUUUUAAGCUGUGUACUUAUCGUUCUGGUCAUUGGGUCCUCUAACAACGGUUGUUGUGUAGACACCUGGCACUGUAGGUACAUUUUUUUUUUUUUUUUUUUUUGAGGGCUUGGCUGUAUUGGUAACAAUACACAUAGGUAGAGAAAGGUAUCGGGUGAAAGAGAAGAGUCAUGAGAAGGGAAAGUGUCCCAGUGGGACCCUAGUUGUAUGGUGUUACUUUAGAGUAGAAUUACCACCUGCCCAUGAAAUUUUAUGUGUUCAUGCUUUAUAGAGGUUAUAUAUCAAAUAAAAUAACAAAUUUAUAUAUAUAUAUUCUCUUUUGCUUGUAGUAAAUCCCCCAGAUUGUAACCCUCUUACAUAAACAUACAUGUGGUUGACAUUUUUGUUUAUUUCUGGUGCAUGUUGUGUCCCUUUAAUUCUUUCUCUCUAACAAAAUCCUUUGCAGUGAUUAGAUAAUUAGGAGAUUUCGACCAGAAUAGCGUACAUUCCUAGACAGUCUAUUAUUUUUAUUAUACUGUGGUUUCCAAAUUUUUAAAGCAUGUAGAUUCCCAUCAUAGAUAUUUCCAAUAAUAAUUUUGAACUUACAUGACCUGUCUGUUUUACUCAGAACAAAGUAAUUUUCAUGAUUUUAUCGCUCUAAAUCUCGAGACAGAAAGAGUUGGCUGGACCUGUUAAAUGUCUCCUCCCAUAACAAAUUACAUGGCAGCUGUGCUGAAAUAUAUGUUCUCAAAAAUCGUAAACCUCUGUUGGUUAAAAUGAACAGGUAAAUUCACUUAAAACGAAUAAAUAAAAGCUCUCUUGCUAUUCUAACAGGCAGCGUCGUACUGUGGGUAUGGAAAGCAUAUUCCUUGUAUACAGGGCCAAACCUGGCCAUUACGGAGAAUUCACUGUUCUUCAUGUUAUUAUCUACAAAUCCUCAUGCUCGUUCGUUCUCCCUGACCUGAUUCAUGGACCAAACCAAGGACAAGACGUCAAGGAAGGACCUUGAAAGUAGAUGAUCUGGUGGUAUUUAUCAGUAAAGUUGUGUAGAAUUCUGAGACUAGAGAACGAGGACAAUCAUGAACGGGGAAAAGUGGUUACCUCACGUCUUAUUGGGGGUCACAGUUUUGUAAUACUAAAAAAUACCGCUCUCUAGUCAAAUCCUCCUUAACUCCUUUUCUUUCGCUUUUUAUUUUUUGCCCAUAACUGUUUUUUUUUUCUUACAGAACAGAAUGUUUGUUUUUUACUUUGUCAUGUGUUGUAACACUUCAAACCUUAGAAACCGUUCUUGACUAGGCAUAAAACAUUUUUCCUGGUUUAUUAAAGACUGUCCCACUGAAAAACCUUACUUUCACAUCCUUCCUGGUUUUGCUCCUCUCGACUUUGGGGUACCUAUCCCUGGCACAAGCAUAAUAUGCACGCGGAUGAUAUUAAAUAUACCUAUAGUUCUGUUAAUUCUAAGUCCUUAAUUAAAAUUGGUUAUCAAUUAAUACACCAUUUCCUUAGGUGAGUAAUGUGUAAAAAGUCAGUAAUUCAUGCCUCCUGACACCGUUCUGCAUUUAUUUUGUUUGGUUCGUAAACUAUCCACAAAAAAUGUUUUGUUUUGUUUUUUUGUCUGUUUUUUUUUUAUCUUUAAAUGUAUUUUUUUUGUAGUGAAAAAUAUAUAAAAUGUUUAAACACUGCACAUUUUUUAAAAUUAUAGAUGUGUGAUAUAUAUUUUUUUUAUUUUUUUUAUUUUUAUUUUAAUCUAUGAAUUUAAGGACUAAAAAUGCAUUUAAAUUCAUUCUGUGUCCUCGUGAAAAGUAAUCAGGCUGAAUACAUGGUUUUCUAUUAAUGUCUGCUUGUAUAACAGAGUAUACUCCUAGUAGGAUCAUAAUAUAGGGCACUCACUUUGACCUUAAAAGCAAACAAUGGGAAGUAAUGAAUACGGUCAAAUAAAGAAGACAAUAAGGAGGAAUUUUGAAGUUACAUUCCUAAGUCUGUAGUACUAAGUGCUCUCUACAACCCCCAUCACCUCUUCAUUUUUGGCCCAGCUUAAUAAAAAAAAAAUACAUUUUAAGACUAGAUGAGAUGUCCUUUAUUUCAUAUUUACUAAACUUCUCAAUGUAUAAUUAAAAGGAACCGAUGGAGUAAAGAGUACCCCUUAUAUUAUAAUGCAUUCUAACAUGAAGAAUAUACAUUUUAAAAAUGCAAAAAAAUAGUUAUCCAAGGUUCUCUUGGUAGACAACAGAGAUUUGAGAUAAGUAGUUUAUCAGCACUUAUGCUUAUCACAUAGUAUGAGUUGAACUGCAGUUUACCCGCACCCUGUGUUAAACUCUCUGCUAUGCUGUGGUCUGCAACUUGAUUCCUGGGAGAAGAGCGCUCAGUCCAAGUUAUACAUGAUCUGCCUAAUUGACAGAUUUUGGGGGCAGACUUACAAGUGUUGUUUUUGUUUUGUUUUUUUGUUUUUUGUUUUUUUUUAUGCAAAGUUAUGAUGGUGCUUAGAAUACCUCUUUAAGCAGCCUAAGAUCCAAAACCAACGAUCUUGAUGUAGUUGUUUUGCUGCAUAGCAGGCUGUCCCAUAAAAGGAUGAUGUAAAACAUUGCUGUUUCCCUGGAAAUGGCGUUAUUUACAUUUUGCCAAAACAUGCCUCUUGUGUCCACUACAGGAAACAAUAGGCAGAAUCUUCUUUAGGCCUUCCGUUUUUGUUUGAUAUCAUCAUGCAGAGAAUAGCGACACACAAAGUGUGGCUAUUGCUUCUCCUAGUGAAGCAUUAGGUUGGUGAAUCUCAGUGAUUUCCAUGCAUGUGCCAUAGGGACAUAAUGAUUCUCUGAUCUUAUUGUGGAUCGAUCAGACUACUGAAAGGCUACUUUGUUAGAUUACAGGUAAAUUUAUUUCUCUUUUUUAAUUUUUUUUUUUGCCUUUUUUUAUUUUGUAAGAAACGUGUGGAUUUUUCAGAUUUUUCCUUUUAAAAAUCCCAGGAAAAGCCUUAAAAGCUCCAUUGUACAUGAUGCCUUUUUUUGUGUGUUUUUUCUUUUUUUUAAUCUAUUUAUUUAUAUUUUAAGCGUGGUAAUGACUCAAUAAAUUGCAAUUCCUGACUGAACUUGAAUUCUUCAAUGACAUGUAUGUUCUAGUACACUCCACUUACAUCAUUUCUACUUUUGGUGUAGUGUGUAGUAUGCACACCUGAGUAUUUUCAUUUUUAGUUUACUUUGAACCAUUGCAAAUUAUUUUGCCUUUAGUAACCAACUUUUCAAAUGUUUUGUACAGUGACUCAUCCGUGAAAGUAAUCAAAUUACUCCUGUCUUCAUGGAAUCUCCAAACUUGUCAGCAUACCCAACAUAAGCUCUGCUGUUGGUCUUAUUCACUAAGGUACAUAUUGUAGUCACAGGAAAUAUAUGCAAUCCUGUAACAAUUUUAAAAUGACGUACCUUUUAUUAAUGUGGUUUUAUCGAUGUACCAAGUGAGAGCUUAGUGGUUAGUCCUCCUACUGAAACAUUUCUGGUACAUGUUUACUACGGAGUAUAUCGGAGUUGGUUACUAGUGUAAAUAUGCCAAUAUAGAUUUUGAAUUGGAGGAAAACUUAAUGCACACAAAUUUAUAUUGCUGUAUUCAAAAUCCUGUCUUCUACUUCAGCAAAUGUAUCAUUUGAUACUGUCAGAGUAAUAGAUUGUAAUUUUAAAUUAAACGUAUUCUGUCCAAAGGGUAAUAAAUCAUACUAGGUGGAUGAUAUACAUUUUUAAAAAUAUAUAUUUUUUUUUAUCCAGUCUGUGAGGGCCCUAUAUGGUCAUCUUCUCAGUCGCCCUCACUGGAAUAAAAGUUAUUUUUUUUUUUUUUUAAAUAACAGGUAUAUUCUAGGCUAAGUAUCAGGAUGGCCUACUAUGUGUCUGGUUACAAGCAAGAUUGCUACCUACUUAGUACUUAAGAUAUCAUAUAUGCUCUGAGUGCUAGAAUCAAGGUGUGUGGAGUGUGCCCUGGCAUAUAUGUGUGUGUUGUGCCACAACAGGAUUUAGCAUGUGUAUUGUGCGUGCAUAGUUGUGAGAUCAGAGAGUAGUUCGGUGCUAUGCAUUGAUAAAAUAGUUACUUUAAUACCCUGAGAACCACUUAUGUAUGUGUCAGUCAAUUAAAGCCAACUGAUCUAUUUUAUCAGUCAGCAUAUUCUACCAAUUUUUUGUAAUAGCUAUACUAUUGAAUAUCUGACUUAAUUUUUUAUUUUGCAGUUUCAAUAUGUAAUGUACAGUGUCACGUCACACAUUUACAAGCUUUGUUUUGUUUGUAUUUGCAGACAAUAUCAUGUUCAAAGUGGCCAUGCUGCUCCAAAAAAUAUAUAUUGCCAGCUCAUUCCAUUUUGCUUAUGUUGGACAUAUUUUGUCAUAUCUUUGCAUGAGUGAAUUCCCUGAGGACUAGCUGUUUAACGGAGUGGCUAUUUAUUUAUUAUUUUUGGAUAUUUGUUUUUAAAUUUUUAGAGAUGUUGUUCUUAUUGGCUAUUUCUUAAUACAUAUUUUCAGUGACAUUUUUGAAUGCCUUAAGACUAAAUCACUUCUUCACUUCUCUUUGUUACAAGCCAUAAUCUCAUGUAAACUCAUUUACCAGAUAUCCGGGGUUACUCUUCAUUCUACUAGCUAAUGAAAAAUUGAAUGGUGGGCCAAGAACUCUAAACAUUGGUCUCAGCAUGGUAUACAGCAUUUAAUUUGAAGAUGAAUGAAAUAGCCUUAGAUUACGAGGCUUAAAUCACUUCCUUCUAGACCCCUGCUGGAAGUAAGAUGAAAGAAUAUAAUAACAUUUGGGGAAGUUUGUAUUUUUUUUUAACAGACUUUGGAAAUUCUACUCUAACCAUCCUUCUGGCAAAUAACCAAUUUUUCUUUCCCCCAAUUAUUUUUUUCCCCUCCUUUUCAGGUAAAUGUUUGCUAAAUUACAGUUGAUUAUGGUGAUGAUGGGGGGGGGGGAGAGAUGGAAACAAAACCCCUCUUUUUGCGUAUUUAUAAGAAUUAAAGAACAUUCUAUAAGCACAUUUUCAUUACUCUCCUGAUAUAUCUGAAAACAUUACAGGAAUAUUCCAAGCACCAUAACAACCACAGCACAAUGUAUUAGUUAUGGUGCCAGGAUUACCAUGUACCUAAGCAGUCAAAACUGUUUUUUAGAAUAAUUUGGCUAGUCAUCUGGGGUCUGCUGGGCACCACUCCACUACCUCAAUCAGAGAGCGUUCUGUCUAAGCUAAGCUAGAGGUCAUUGGCUUUGCACAGCAGCGCCUAGCUCAAGAGAACUAACGAAGAUUCCCAUGCAGGAGCUUGCGGCUCUCUAGCUUAGGGUAGUGGAGGCAGGGAGCAGCUCUACGUGGACCCCAUUUAAAGGGACACUGUAGGCACCCAGACUACUGGAAUGUCCCAUGUCCCUUAACCUUGCAGUGGUAAUAAUUGCAGUUUCUGAGAGGGACUUCCUGAAUUGAAACAAACCUUUGGUCCGGUAUCUGACGCUGAGCAUCCACACGCUCUGCAUAAGGACUAACAGCGUCAGAUUUUUCCCAUAGGAAAGCAUUGAAUAAUGCUUUUCCUAUGGAGACAACCUAAUGCGAGCAAGGCCAUUGCGGCGCAUGCACAUUAGGUCUCCUCCGCCGGUUGACGUUGGCUGGAAGGAGCAUGGACAGAGCCUGACCCAGCGCAGAGGACAUCAGUGCUGGAUUCAGGUAAGUCACUGAAGGGGUUUUUAACCCCUUCAGCGCCCUGGGAGGGGAUGGGGGGAGGUGGGGGUAAGGGAGGGUGGAACUGCAGGAUUUUAUAGUGCUAGGAAAACUGCUUUGUUCUUAAAAUCCCUUAAAGAAAUCAAGCAGAAUGGGUUUGAUUCCAUGCAAUUGGGAGGCACCAGGACAGUGUGUUGUAGUGGUUAUGGUGCACAAAGUGAUAUCUUAAAGAAGUAAAAAGCUGAUAGACGCUCACUGUAAGGAGUACUGUGGAGCUACAGGUGUAUUGGGUUUUGUUUACGAGCAAUGCUAAAUCAGACACUGUUGUUGAUGUCCUAUAUUUGCUUAUGAGUUGGACUUGUUUUCUUUGUCUGAGCCCAGACCAUCUGUUAUUUAUUUAAAGCUUUGGCUUUGCCCUGUUCAUGUAUUGAAACCUUCCCUUUCCAAAUGCACUAACUCUCUCUUUUUUAAAACGUAUUUAUUUAUUUAUUUUGUGUCUCAGAUUAUAGAAGUUAGUUUUUCUGCCUUUUACUUGUCAUCUUUACUUUGAAAAACACGGAACGUCCCCUGAAGAGAGGAGACCUUACCUUCUUGGCUAUUUUUGUCCUAGUCACAUGAGUCCUCCUUCUACCAUAGUUUUUGGCUCUGGUUCUGUGCAGAAUUCCUCUCUCCAGAAAAAUUGACUAUAAAAAAAAAAAAUAAAAAAAAAGUAUUCACCAAGUAGAUUGGUGACCACUCUCACACUUGUUUUCAAGGACCCUCGUAGUUUAAAACCAUAACCACUACAGUUGGCUCAGCAUCCAUGUAUAAUAAAAGGAAAUUGUAGGCGGAUGGCUGAGCAACCCAACUAUUCAUUGAUUAAUUGCUGUCUUGGAAGUACCUGCAGCAAUGGCUCCAUUUUGUUAUAGGUUCCAUGCUAAGGUGUAUGCAUUUGGGAUCAAGUAAUUCUCUCUGGAUGGUUUGUUUAAUUGUCCUUUAUUCCUAGAAUGUUUGGGAGCUCUCCAUAUUGGCUAGUUAGUGUGUCCUUCUGUUUGAAGUGCAGGAGGGCUUUUCAUUCCCUGAUCUCAAGAGUCGUAAUUGUCAGCUACUGUGGAUUCAUAGAAUGAAAAACCAAUAAGCCCUGCUGUUCACUUAACCUGGAGUUGUGGUGACUAUAUGCAAUGCAAAGAUUGCAUAUGUAAACCAAAAUAACUGAGAUAGGGAGAAAACAUGGCUUGCUUUAGUGGCUAUGGUGCUAGCAGUAUUUAAUUGUAUUAACCCUGUUUUGUAAUAAAAAAUAGUCUUCUACGCGAUACCUAUUUUUCAUAUGUUAAUUCUGAACAAACACCUAUUCCUAUUAGAAUCUCCUAACCUCAAUGAAUUGUUCUUUAAUUAACAAGUACAAGCUCUAUGUAGAUAAUUUAAUUUUGCAUUUUUCUUUGUUCGAUAACAAGGCAAAGGAAUUGUAACCUUGUUUGUAUCACACUUGAAUGCAUCUGUUCUAACUCUUCACAUAACCAUUUUGCAAAUGCUUGUCCAAUUAUGGUAACAAACCACUAGGCAGGCAAUGACUAGGCUAGUCGUGGUCUCAUGAACCAUGUUCUCUUAAUAAAUGCUAAUCUUUUGACCCACAGUAGGAAACCACUUACUCAUCAAUGCAUAAUUGCAAUAACGUUGAAAGCUGCUGUAAGUUUUUAUAUAUUUUUAAUAUAUAUAUAUAUAUUUAUAUUAUGUAAUUAUGCACACAUUGCCUGUUUUAUUAAAUGUUUAGAAUUAAAGCACCUUCUUACCCCAAUGAGCUGAAAUGCACAAAUUGGAAGUUAAAGGACCACUCUAGGCACCCAGACCACUUCAGCUUAAUGAAGUGGUCUGGGUGCCUGGUCCAGCUAGGGUUAACCCAUUUUUUUAUAAACAUAGCAGUUUCGAGGAAACUGCUAUGUUUAUGAAUGGGUUAAGCCUUCCCCCAAAGCCUCUAGCAGCUGUCUCAUUGACAGCCGCUAGAGGCGCUUGCGUGCUUCUCACUGUGAAAAUCACAGUGAGAGCACGCAAGCGUCCAUAGGAAAGCAAUGAUAAUGCUUUCCUAUGCGACCGGCUAAAUGCGCGCGCAGCUCUUGCCGCGCGUGCGCAUUCAGCCAACGGGGAGGAUCGGAGGAGGAGAGCUCCCCGCCCAGCGCUGGAAAAAGGUAAGUUUUAACCCCUUUCCCCCUUCCAGAGGCGGGAGGGGGAGGGCACCCUCAGGGCACUGUAGUGCCAGGAAAACAAGUGUGUUUUCCUGGCACUAUAGUGGUCCUUUAAGAACCAUAUCCAUGUUUUUCCAGAUUAGAUAACUCAUACCGUCUUCCACAAUAUUAUGUUUCCUGUAGGAUUUUUCCUUAUAUUAAACAACCCUACAAACUGGCGAAGAAAACAAAUAUUAUUUCAGGGUUGCAUGGGUCAAAAAAAGUACAAACUUGGAUGUUUUGGAUUUUUUUUUUCCCCCCUGCCAAAUACAUAUAGUUAUUGGGCUUUCCUUUAUGUAACGUGACCGUGUCGCACAUUUCUCUUCCAUACCUGAAACCUAGAUAUCGGGGAUUGCUUUGGGAACACUAUCUCAUGAUUUGUUUUCUGAAUUGAUGAUGCAGAGGGGUAAUUACAUGUGUUAUUCAAGGGCAGUAAGGCACAUCAAAGUGUCUUCACCGAUCUCCAAGAUAAAAAUUGAUCCCAUCACUGUCUCGAAUAUAUAUUUCCUGUCUCUAACAAAUCCUUUACUAAUUAUGUUGCAUUAUUUUACAUGAUCACUCUUUUACGGUCGUAUCAAUAUUACCCAACAGUGUGCUUAUAGUUACCCUUAUUAAUGAAAUUAAUGUACCAUUAAGCAGUUUUUUCAACCAUUUAUUAGAACCAUUAGUCGUGUAUGUUGCUAUUUGUCUACUAACUGUAAAAGAGUAUCUAGUGCUAUAGUGUGGUAUUGGUUUUCUAAAUAUUUAAUUACUGAGCUGUAUUACGAAUCACUUGAGAUAAUGAUUUUUACAAAAAAUUACUUUGGGGGGAAAAACUUAAUUCCACAAAUUAAGACUAUAGAGUAACAUAGGUUUUUCUUGAUUUGAGUCCUCUGUUACUAGUCCAGAGUUGACCUGACAGACGAGGGUUAAACGCAGUAAUUUAUGUUAGAAGGUAGCUUAUCCUAUGCUGUACACCCCAGCACAUGUAAAUUGGUGAUAAGGGCAGUAGCCUCUGAUUUAUUGCUAAAGUGCAUUUCCUGAACUUUAAUUGGAUAUGCCCUGUGCCUUUUAAAAUCCUGACCUGUGGAAUAUAUAAAAUUAGUCACUCUGACACUUUGGUUAUUUAUUUAUUUUUACUUUCUGAAAAUGAGGCGUUUAUUGUCAGCAUUUUAUAUAAUUGUAUUUGCUUCUACAAGGCUUUGCAGUGAGAUAUUUAUUAUGACCGUAAUUACAUUGCACUUUGUAUUUUCAGCAAUAGUUGCAUGCAGGGAUCGUCUUUCCUUGUGUAGUGUUUGGAGAGGUAGUUUCUUGGAUUUAAAGGUUUUGGUCCGAUCUCUUUACUUCCCUUUUACAUAUUAUAACAAUAUCCGUCCCUAAACCACCCUUGUCUUAGCCUUUGCCAUGUAGGGGCAGAAUGUUAAUUUUAUUUAAAUUUUUUUUUAAAGGGUCACUUCAGACUCCUAAACAACUUUACUUCGCUGAAAAGGUUUGUGUGAAGUGUGUUCUGUUUUUUGUUUUUGUUUUUUUGCUAAAAGUAAUUAAAGUAAUUUCAUUUUUUUUUUUUUAUAAAUAAAUUCAUCUGGUUAUACCCCCUGGUUUUCAAGCAGACAAUCAGUCCUGUUACUUCCUGGUUUCAUUUUCUCAAUGCAGCUGACCUCAAGAGGCAGCAAUUGCCCAAAACACCUGACUUUCAAAGACUGUAUUCGGAAGUCUGUGAUUGGACAGCCACAGAAAGUCUGGGCGGGGUUAGAAGGAGAGGGUUUGGUUUGCAAGCUUAUUUUAAAUAUAUCCCCAAUGUAAAAAAUACACAAUUUAAUGCAUGCAAGUUUUCAAUUGGGAUAUAUCUAAUAAACAGUGAUUUAAAAAAUAUAUAUAUUUUGAGUUUUGGGCAGUGGAGUGUCCCUUUAACUGUUACUAUACAUUUACAUAGAAAAAAUUAGGCAUUGCUCUUCGUAACGAUUUCAAAGACCACUAAACUAAGUUAAAAAACAACAAUAACAACAAAGCAUACAUGCAAGGCAAAAUAGGAAUUAAGUUACAGUAUAUGAUUAUACUUGAAAAUGAGAGAAAUCUCAAUGUAUCUUUCCUGGUAAAAUAUUUUAUAAAUAAAUAAACUGUACAAGUCUGCCACAAUGGCAAUUUACUCAAUUUUGGCAUAUCCUAUUCUAACAACAUACUGACUGCUAUUAUAAGAUUAACCCACUUACAUGGCAAUUUUAGCCAUCAGGGGCUCUCUGUAAUGCAAGAUUUAAAGGGAUACUAUAAGUGCCAUGAAUACAAAGUGCAAAUGCAGUGCGCACAUUAGACCUUUCCAUAGGAAAGCAUUAGGAAAAAAAUCUGACACUGGAUGUCCUCAUGCAGAGCGCUCUCCACAGUAAGAGCUAUCUCUUGUCCAUGUAUAUCAUUGCAAGCAUGACCUGAUUCUUAAAGAGCAUAGGUGAUUUGCAUCAAGUGCCUUGUUGUGCUUUAUGCAGAAAUUAGUUUAAAGGAUGCUCCUUUUUAUUUUUAUAUUUUUUUUAAAUAUUUUUCAUAGGCUUUAAUUUACACCCUCACUUAUUGGUGAAUCUCCAUAAAAUAGUCUGACAAUUAUUACAGGGGCAAAAAAAAAGUGAGUCAUUUUUACAUUAGCUUAUUUGUAAUUGGUAUCUGUUCCAAAUAAUGUACCUUUGGGAGGGAGUGGACACCUUUUGUGUAUGAUUGAUUGAAUCAAAUAAAAAGGAACUGUCACAUACAAAAAUGUUGCAGUUCCUCCUUUUUAGGACACAAAAGAUCAUACAAAUGAAUUAUUAACUGGCCAUGGUCUCAGAUAACCAAUUUCACUGGGUCAUUCCAGGAUGACCGUGGAUCUUCUGGGAUUCCACAUGAUCACCAUUUUAGAAUUACUACUUGUCAAUGUGUAAAGGCAAAUGAUCUGCCUAUUCAGUAUACAAAGAGUCUUACUGAUUUCAAAGCAAGCGAUGGAUAGAAAUGACUUUUUUUUUUCUUUUCUUUUUUUUAAUGCAUUCGAUACCAAAUUAAAAAACUAAUGCAAUACAAAAAUUGUAUCCCACAUCUGUUACCUCCAGUAAGAGGGCAUGGCUGUGCCCCUACAUCACUGUUCAAAAAAUUCUCAAUUCUAGGAAAUUAAUACACAUAUUAAAUGUACUAUAUUACUUCAGGUAUGCUUUGUAUGUUACUAUUUAAAUCCCUUUUAAAAGGGUAAUGGAUGAAGCCGAGCAAUCAAGAGCCAUACUGUGACAUGUAAAACAUUCCACAACUGGUGUGGUAGAAAUAUUUGAGACACACUAGCAAAAUAUUUACUUGUUCUGGAUAGCUGAAUAGGGUAAUCUUCUUCUGCAAAUUAUGAACCAACUCAAAGGUGAAAUCUUUAGUUUCCCUACUGUCAUGAAAGACUCUAUUCUUUGAGUAUAAAUCCAUCUAAAUCCUGUGUAAAAUGCUUUCUAAGGACUUUGGUUACAUUUCAAAGCAACAGAUGUUUCACCUGCAGAGAGAGAUUAUAUGUCAUGGCCUGUGUGUGUGUGUUUACAUGUACAAAUAUAGACUACAAUGUACAGUGAAACAUUCUAAGAUGGUUAAAACGUUUAAGUCCUGUUUGCCACUUUUCUGUAGUUUUUAAAAUAGUUUGGAGCAAAGUAUAAAUUGUAAUUGGGAAGAUUCUAAGAAUAUUAGUGUCAAAAUUAGGGACAUCUAUGGAUUGGCAGGGAUGGAUGAAGGUGAGGGCUUGGUGCUCUCUGAGUUAAAAGGGUGAGGAGGGUUGUAGAAGGGAGAGUGGGGAGGACUUAAUACUUCUACAUCAUACAAAUCAGGGGGAGGGGAAGUGUAUGUGUAUAUGGGUUGGGUUGGGGGGGGGCAUAUAUAGCAAAAAUCUUAUCAGCACAUGACCGGUUGGGUUACACCACUUUUCAGUAUCCCCUUUUUAAAUACUCAUUUAGUGUUGGCAGUGGGUGGAGGGGAGUGUUAAUCGAGGAUAUUUUGACUAUUCUUUUUCCAACCUCAGAAACCUUGGGUGGGAGUUGACCACAGGUACAUGGCUUGUAUAUUUCAGGGCCCUCCCUUGUUGGGGACCACCUCCUACCUCUGGUGGAGGGAGUUGGUUUUCACUAAUGGAGUCUCUUACCCUAUUAGAACUCUGCUUUUUCGGUAUAGAGGUGUUUGGGAGGGUUUUAUGACUGCUCUUUAUUUAUUUUACACUACAUUUUUUUUUAAAUUUUAGUCUCUCCUAAACCUCUUUACUUCUCUCCCUUCCCCCCCUUCUUUCCUCUUACAAUCCUCAUGCUGGUGCCUCAAGCUCUUAUACACCAAAGCACCUAACCUUCUUUUCAUAAAAUGCUAAAGGCUUAAAUAUCCUGGAGCGAAGGACCAACCUAAGAGAUCUAUGGGUGGUGCGAGUCUCUGUUGCAUUCGUACAUGAGACUCCUUUUAAAGAAAGGUUACAUCUGCUUCUGCUUAACUAUAGGUACCUGAUAGUUCUUUUUCAAUAAUGCUGCAUCCAAAUAAGCAGGUAUAGCAAUUCUGAUCAUUAGGGAUAUCUACUUUGUCCACAGAGAAAGUACUUAUUAGCUUACCAGGCCUAUGCCUGUGCUUCGAUUUAUGCCCCGUGUGACCAACUCCCCUUCCCAUGUGAGUUUGCCACAAGCUCCUGGAGGAGCCUGCUUGCCAGCCUCCUGCCUACAGACUAUGGGCCCUGCAGGGAAUCCUGUAAGACUACCAAACUUGACCGACCGUUCGCAUUAAUUUUAAUGGAACUGUUUUGGGCAUAGGACCAUGUGCACGGUCGGUCAAAAUUAUGACUUCCAUGAAAAUUCCAAACCUCUGAAUCGAUCUGGGUGAUUUUUGGAUAUGUUGGUCAACCAGAUCGGAGCUAUCAGGGGAUGUAACUGGAUUAUACCACCCUCGCUGUUUACACUAGUGCAAGUUCUGCUCUGGUAAAUGUAGGUACAUUACCUUAUUUUAAUUAGAUUUUUCAAUCAGUAUUUACUUCACCAUUGGAGUUUUUAUUCCUGUAUUAUACAGUAUACAUCCACAUAUACACUGCACCUUAUUUGAAACAUCUGUGGCGACUGCUUCACUAUAUAUCCUCAGACGGGGAUUAUUCCGUCCAUGCACAGAACAGCAGAGCUCUAAAUUAGCUCAAUAAAAUGUGAGUGGCAGUUAUGAGAUUACAAGCCUAUCACUUAUAUAUAUUUAUACUCUUCAGCACCAUUAUUUUGUCUUUUCUUCUCAUUUUGAGGUCAACUGUGUAUAAUUAUCUAUAGACCUUUUUACGUAUAACAUUCUGUACAUGUACAGCGGGCACGGUUUACACUUUUUUUAUUUUCUUUUUUUUUAUUCACAAGGUCUGGGAAUCCUUGGAUUGUUUACUGCUGCCUGCAUAUCUUAUUUACUUUUGUACUUUCAAGUACUAUAGUGAGCGCCUACCAUUUCUUUUAUAGACUGAACAGAGUUACUCUUCCAGACAGUUAUCUCUAAGGGGAAGAUAAGUUACAGGAAAUGGAAAUGGAUAAACUCUGAAGGACCAAUGAUUGUCCAUAUCCUCUAUCUGCCUGUACAUCCAUCCAUCAAUCCCUCCAAUAUUGUUCUCCGAGUUCUUUUGUCAAAAUGGAAUCUUUUUUUUUUUUUUUUCUUUCCUGUUCAUAUCUUUAUACAUCUCUGCUAGGACAUUCCAUGCCUGUGUGUGUUAUCCAAGAAUACAGAUUGCUGUGGUCUUUGGUUCUAAAUGGGUUAAAUAAAGCUGUGCUCCCAGGUGCCCUUAGAAUACAAGACUCUACGAAUGAAUGAACAGUAUGUGGCAGAUUACACCACCCUAGCGCACGUACCAUGUGAUUUUACCUUUCUGACUCAAUGUUACUCCUUAAUCCUAUUGUUUCCCUGUUCGGAAGAGGCAUUUAUUACCUUUUGUAUUUAUGCUCGCUCCUGUUUAGAAACCUUCUCUAAACAUUAAUGAUUCCUCUUCUAACUUAGCUGUCUGUCUUUUAUUUAUUUAUUGGAGUGGUCACUUUAAAAAUGAUGAAACAUUAUUUUAAAUCAACUUAUAUUGCCAUUGUCAUUUCUUAAUUAUACUUGAUACAAUAAUUAACUGUGAAACAUUUUCCUUUAAUCAAUGUACCGGUAUAUCACGUUUUUUAGCUUUAGUUGAAGGGAAGGGGUUAGAAGAAUGCCUUAGGGAGCAUAUAAUAACCGCAUCACCCCAACAGAAUCUAUGUAAUUUGCAGUUUUCUACUGGGUUGGAAACUAUAUAUGGCUAAUUGGGCUAUCAACAGCACAGCCUAACUGGUCUAUUUAUUUUUUAUUUAUUUAUUCCGUUAAUCCUUGCUCCAAUUUUGUAUUUGGUCUUACAAGGUACAUACCACUGAAAUGUUUUAUUUAUUUUUAUCAUGACUUCUUAUGUCUAAAAACUCAUAUUGAUUUCAAAACGCAAUGUGAAGAGGAGCCAUAGAAACACCAUUUUUUUUCCUUCUUCUUCUAGUAGAACAUAAUGGUUAUUUAACUUGCAAAAAAAUUAAUAAAUGGUUUUUUUUUUCUCAAAAGGUCAUUUAUAAUGUGUAAGGAGAAAAUGCUUUGAAAUUGUAACCAUUCUGUUUUCUGAUACUUUCUCCCACCAUCCCAUAUCAUGAUAAACCCUGGCAUUUUACGAAAAGGAUAAAAAAGAAAGUGGGGAGACAAAAACACAUUUUGUGAAAUCAAAGUAAGUGUUUUUAAGGCUCCCUUGUUCUGCAGAAGCAAUCUUAGAAGGUUGAGUGACUUCAAAGCAGCUCCCUUCUCAACAGUCUCAUAAAUCUUACUUCUAAGUAUUAGGGUAAGUCAGCCAAGACUCCUUCCCAGCCCACGCUGUGGAUAGCACAAGUAUGUGUUUGUCUAAAGUAGCUCCACAGACCGAAAGGCCCGUGUAUGUGAAAUAUUUCAGUGAGGGAGUAUUCCUGCUUUGAAAUGGAUUCUAAGAUUUAAUUUCAUUUGGAUAAGAUCUUGUGCUUGGUUUCACUGGAAAAUAAAGUAUAGAUUUUUUUUUUUCCUAUUAUUAUUUUAAUAGAUUAAUAGGAACAAAUCUAUAUAUAAGUUCUGAGGCUUAUUUUUAUUUUUGUAAUUUUUUUUUUUUAAUUGUCUUUAAUUCUUGCAAAUCUGUCAUUGUUUUGCAAAGCUCCACUCCUCCAUCUCAUAUCAUCCUUACCCUUGCGUGAUCCAAACACAGAUUCUCAGAGAGAAGCCUGUGAUUGGGCCGCUUUGCUGCUCUUUUCCACAUAGAGAAAUUAGUGAUUGGACAGCUUUUGAGUCAGGGAGGGAUAAAAAAAAAAUAGCAAUUGGGCAGCAAGAGGACUUAACGCAAGGAGCGAGGGGACAUCAUGCUUUGCAUGCCAGAGAGAAGCUAAUUACAUCUGUUGCCCGUCUUAAGCGUGCACAAACGGCGGACAUAAGUUUUUGCAUAGAAUUGACAUUUGGCCCUCUGGGCUGCCAAAGUCACGUGUGCCGGUGUGCAACAAGCUCCCAGCAAACAAAUGCAAAUAUCUCUGGACCUUCAAUAUUUCAAGCAGAAACGUUGCACAUUCUGACUCUUACCACCAUGACCUCUUCAAAACACUGAAGUGGCCAUGGUGAUUGAAGUAACUCUUUAAUGUCCACAGAUGUGAGUUUUGUCAUUACUUUCACUAUAAAUAGGUAUACUUAGAACCUGUGUGAAUAGUUUCUAUAUUGAGUUUUCAAAAUACAGAGUCAAGGAAAACUAUUAACUGAGAAUAUAGGAAAGGAAGCGCAAAAUAUUUUCACUUUUGGAUUUGUGGACUGUUACUCUUGAUCCUCAGCCAGUCUAUAAGUAUUCUGUUCUCUAAAACGCUGCCCUCAAAAUUUGCAGUGCUAAGCAGAGCCGAAUUAAGAGCCCAGUGGGCCUGGUGCUGACAUUUUGUGAUGGGCUUAAUUAAAGAAUCUUAUCGACCCAAAACAAUCAUACCUCCCAAGUGUCGUGUCUGGUGGAGGUGGUGCUGGAGGGAAACUCAUAGGGUGCACCCAUGAGAAAACACAUACCGUAUAUACUGGUGUAUAAGUCGGGUGCAGUUUUGUGACCAACAAUUGUGAAAUAUGCUAUGCCUCGUGGAUAAGUCGAGGGUAAAACUUGGGGCUAUGAUAUUCUGUGAUUUUUAUAAUUCUAUACACACACACACUCAUACAAACAUACACUCUGCAUUAUAUAAUAUAUAUAUAUAUAUAUAUAUAUAUAUAUAUAUAUAUAUAUAUAUAUAUAUAUAUCUCAUACAAACGCACACUCUGCAUUAUAUACACACACACACACACACUCAUGCAAAUACACACUCUGCAUUAUAUACACACGCACACUCUGUGUGUGUGUAUAUAAUGCAGAGUGUGUGUGUGUGUGAGAACUGGGUGGGGGAAGGGCAUUUUUUUUAAAUUUUUUUUUAAAAUUUUAAUAUUUCUUUUUAUUAUUAGUUUAUUGUUUAAUAUUUUUUUUGCUUGGGGUGCCAUGGGUCUCGUGAGACUUGUACUGGGAGCUGCAUGGAGCUGAAGGAAAGGUAAGUAAAUGCUUCCUGCCGGCCCCCAACAGGACCACCGGGCUUGUAAUGAGCCCAGCGGCCCUGGUCUGUAUUAUGGCAAUGUAAGUUGCCAUAAUACAGACAGUGACUCAAGUAUAAGUCGAGUGGGGCUUUUUCAGCACAAAAAAUGUGCUGAAAAACUCGACUUAUACUUGAGUAUAUACGGUAUCCUAUGCUAAUCUCUCUAAUUUAUUAUUUCGUGUUUCAAGUAAUUCAUACCCACUAACAGCAGUGUCCAGUGAAGCAGUAAGUCAAUGGUCAGGGUAAAAGGGUGUGCCACUGACACGACUCCCAUAAACAGAAGCCCCAAAAGGGGUGAACAUGCCCAAAAAGGGGGCAUGUCUGCCUAAAGAAUUGGAAGGCCAACCUGGCAUGAAUGCAUGUCAGGCAGCCUGCCCAUCAUGCAGGCUGGCCAACUAAGGGCACACUAUACAGAAAGCACACUGAGCUUGGCAUAAAUGCGUCUAAUUAUGCGCGCGCUCCAUGCUUUCUAAGGACUGUCCCCUGGCACUCACAUGUCCACUCCUGGGACAGAGAAAAAGUGUAUGUAGUGAGUGUAGAAGAAAGAGGACCAAAAGUCCGCCUUACCUUAACUAAUUUCAUCAUCAGCCAGUCCACACAAGUUUUGUUCCCAUAAAUACCUGUGUUAAACGCUCCUUCCCAUGAAUGGUUGCCACGAACUACUGGAGUAGUGUGGAAGCUCUCCUCCUGCCCACUGAAUAUGGUCAAAGUCUGAAACCCCGUUUGGGAGCUUUCCCACCCAGCCGCUCUUAGUUGCUUUCCCUCAAUGCCCCUGGUUCGGCACUUUUCCUUCUUUCGAAUGGAACCGAAUGCUGGCGGCCGUUCCCAUGAACCAAACCCACUGUGACAAACGCUCCUUCCCACGAACGUUUGCCAGGAACUCCUGGAGGAGUGUGGAAGCUGGCCUCUUGCUCACUGACUAUGGUCCAAGUUUGAAACCCCGUUCGGGAGUUAUCCUGCUCAGCCGCCCUUGGCUCUUUCAAAUGGAACUGAACGCUGGCUCCCUGGUGGCCAUUCGCAUGAACCAAACCCACGAAUGGACCUCUGCGGUACUUAGCCGUGACCGCUCUGGAACUAAUUUCGGCAUUAGGACUUUGUGGUUCGAAGAUGACAGGCAAAAGCACACCUCGCCCUGGAACUGUUUUUGGUCAUAGGACCACGUGUGCGUCUAGGCAGAACUUUGACACAGUGGCGUUUCCCCUGCACUGCAUUGAUCUGAGCACUAUUUGGACAACUUGGGUGCUCCGAUCAGAGCUACUUUGGAAUGUAUAAUUUGUGGGAUUAAUGUGUGGGGUUUUUGGGGUGUGUUUUUUUUUUUUAAAAAUAUUUUUUUGUAUGGUUUCCUGUAAUGAGAGAUAAUUGAGUUUCUAGUCCUUUUUGACUCCAUUAUCUCUCCGACAGUGGGACGCCUGGGAGGCGCCUGUAUAAUUUUCAAAGGAGACCCCAUGCUGGGGGUCUGUGUAUAAAAGGCCAUGCUUGGUACAUUAAAAUCCGUUGUACUCCCAGAACGGUGUGUCGUCCAGUUACUGGGAGGGGAAAGGGUCUAGUCACUGUUCAGCACCUGGUUCCAGCUCGUGGAGGAUUUAGUGGGGAAAGUCUUUUAAGGACUACAGCUCCCAGGACUGUGUGUGUUGUCUAGUCCCUGAGAGGAACUAGAGCUAGUACUCUAUCCUGUUCCAGGGCGGGGAGGCUCCAGGAGGACACCAAUCAAGCCACACCGACUGGUGCAGAAGCGCUGAUGUUUUCCCAGUUAUAGCUAGGAAGCAAUCCUUGGCUGAGGUACAGGGAGCUCCACUACAAUCCCUCGUAAGUUUCCAUACUUAAGCAAGAGUAUGUGAAGAGUAGUGUUUUAAAAAAAUAAAAAAUUUUUUUAUUAAAUCAAUGGGCCUGGAGCUACAGCUCCAUCAGCCCCUAUGUUAAUCCGGCCCUGGUGCCAAGGUUUAUCAUCAUUCACAUGGGUAUAGGGGAGAAGGGAUGGAGGAAAUGGGUAUGCCCUAGAUAAUCUAGUAAGUGGGUAGCUAGAGGGGUUACAAUCCCUAUUAGUAUUGAUGAUGUAGCUUUUAAGAUCUUGAGACAAACUAUCAAAACAAAACAAGUGCUAUUUUGGAUGCAAAUUGCUAAAUGUUAAGAAAUUCAAUUUUUAUUUAUUUAGGGUGGGCCAAAAUAAAGAGUAUGAUUUGAGGAGUCCAUAACUUAUUUUAAUUUUAUUAAUGAAUAAUUUUCAAUGAUAUUACAAAAAGUGAAUGCUUAACAUAUGGAGAUUUGUUUGACUAGGUAUGGAAAAUAUCUUUUAAAUAAGUACCAUUUGCUGUCUCCCAAGUCUGGCUCUUUCGAUUGCAUUGUUCAUAGCAUUAGUUAAUGUUUGAGGCUCCAAUGCUAGCAUCUCUGCACAAAUAUUCUCCUUGAGCUGCUUAAGUGUACGCGGUUUGUUUACGUACACCUGCUGCUUCAGAUAUCACCACAGGAAGUAAUCCGGAGCUGAAAGGUGGCAGUCAAGUAACCUGGGAAUUUCUUAAAAUGAUCCAAACAGUUGUCUCAGGAUGUGGAUCGUGGCACUGGCUGUAUGUACAGUAGCACCAUCCUGCUGAAACCAUAUACCAGGAUGACUUUUUCUUCGCGUAAAAAUAAUGGACCUGCCAUUUUGAAAAUAAACUUUCAAUACUUGUCGUUCCUUCGUGAAAUUACCCACGAUGAGUCUCCCACCACUCAGGUGUAAUAAAUAUCUGCAACACAACAAAAAGGUUUCAACUACUAACAUGUUAUUUACCUGUCAAAUCCUACUCUGAAUAUUGUCCUACCCUGUAUAUGCAAAGCAUUGCUAACCCUAUAUCUUAUAGCGGUCAUUACUAACACUAGGGUUAGCUCCACUCAAAAGAUGUAAAGGAAGCCUGCCUGCAUAGUGCAGAACUUACAUCCUACGAUCAGCCUAGAUCAAGCACGUCAAACUCGUGGGCCGCAUACGGCCCACAAUGGGCAUCUUUGUGGCCCUGCGAGGUCAUGAUGGUGUUAUAGCAGAGUAGGCUUCUGCUUUCCCCACAGUGCAGGUUCCUACUCUGUUAAAACUUACCCGGCCAGGGAGGAGGGCCAGCAAGGGAGCUCAGUGUUCUUGCUUCUCACUGCUCCCUCUGUAGUGGUGCCGGAAUAUGACGUCAUAUUCUAGCGCCCGGCUCUACUACAUAAUAUUCCAGCACCUGGCAUCACUAGAGAUGGCGCGCGCGAGGGACCAGUGAGGAGAAGAUAGAAGAUCCCCACUGGACCCCAGGGAGAGGUCCCACAUCAGCUCCCAAAGGUAGGGAGCAAUAAAGAGAAUGAUGUCUGUCAGUGUGUGUGUUGGUCAGUGAGUCUGUGUGUGUUGGUCAGUGUUGCAUUGGCUGCGACUGGACAGUGGAGUACCUAGAGGUGCAUGGAGGCACGCAACGCCACAUGACAUCGACAUGCUCCACCUUCACAGGGUUUCAAGAAGUAGCGAGAGGAUCAGAUUUGGCAUAGGGUGGUAGAGGGGGGUGCUGUGGUUUAGUAGAGGGGGAUGUUUUUUUUUGUUUUUUUUUUAUAUACUGUACUUUUUAAAAUAAACCUAAGUUUCUAUGAAAAUUUAAGGUAUUUUUUUGCGGCCCACAUAAACUUAAACAUUGUUUAUGUGGCCCGUGCUAGACUUUGAGUUUGACAUGCUUGGCCUAGAUGGCCUUCUAUACUGUGAAGGAAAAUAAACAGUUACAUGUUUAAUGAAAGUUAUGUGUAUUUGCAGUACUGGCAGCCUCAAACCUCAGAUUCCAAUAACUCAAGUAAUCCUAGAAUUUACUAUUCCUUUAAGUGGAAACUUGGCUACACCCUUCUGCAAAAGCAGAUUAUUUGUUAAUGUAUCUUUAAUGUGUGGGAACACUGUUCUGGUAUGAAUACUGCUAAAAAUAACUAGUCUGUCGUAUUCACAGACUAGCUAAAAUGUUUUUUGUUCUGAUUAGAAUACUGAUAUUAAAGGCUUUAUUUUAAUCACCAUAGUAACGUGAUGGGUAGAUUUUAAACUGAAUCGUUUUCAGUUAGCUGUGUAUCUAUUGUCACAACUGACACAAUUAUAUUGUGUAUUAUAUAUAUUUUUCAUUCAGAUCUGAACACUGUGGAAUCAAAGUCCCAUUACAUAUUUUUGUUUUCUUUUUCCUUUGAUGUUUUAAGGAUGCUAAUUGUGUGUACUAGUUGUAUUGCCAACAUCCACAUCUUAUAGUCAAGCUCCUAAUUUAUCGUGAAUUCGAUCCAUCUGGGAUAUAUUUUGGUUUCAAUAUCAUCAUUUACAGUUUUUGCUUUCUCUUGGUUUGUAGGUUACACAGAGCACGCUCAGACUGCACUGGGUAUGGACAACUCUCCUGACUCUUGGAGGUCAACAAUAGUUUGUGAGGUGAGGUUCAAAGCGAAAAUAAAGAAUUUGUUUACUGCUUAAGGUUGGAUUUUUGGAGAAGCCCAUCAGCCAUGCCUUUUAAGCUGAAACUAAGGAGGACCAAACGCUACAAUGUAUUGAGCAAGAACUGCUUUGUCGUUCGAAUCCAUCUGUUGGAUGACAACAAGAUUGAGCUAACGCAAGCAAUGGAUAGCACUGGGUUACAGUGUCUGGAGGCUACUGCUCAAAGACUGGAGUUACGAGAGGUAAAGAGACUUUUUUUUUUUGCCCUUCAUAUAUGUUAAGCUAGUAAAACCGUGGACCGGUCACAUUUUAUGUAUCUUUCUUUUUAUAAAAUUAAUAGUCUCAUGAGACAUUUAUGUAAAUUAUUUUUGUACUUGAAGCACAUGGUGACCUGUACGGUUCUUGGAGCUGAUUUUAUUUAUUUUUAUUCUGGCCAUUCUUGUUGUUGCAUGUUAUUAGACCUGUAUUAUUAUGCAUAUGAGGGAGCAGAAAAUUGACAUUUAUGGAUUAUUCUAUCAAACAGCAGCUGCCCCUGGCAUCUAGAACAUACAGUGUCUUUCUGAGCCUUCCAAAGCAUUUCAAAAUGAAUACUUAUUACUUGAUCUGAUUUUUAAGUCUAGCCGGUAAAAACAAAACACAAACUGUUUUUUAUUGCAGAUAAAAAACAAACAAAAAAAAAAAACCUUUCCUAAAGUGAAAUUGUGUCCUUUGACCAAAAAUUUUCCCAGUCCACUCCAAAUGUAGAAAACCGUUAAUCUAUUAUUAUAACAUGCAAAUUGCAAGGAUGCACCUCAUGGAACAUUGUGCAACAGAAUCUACUACUUUUUAUUUUUUUUAAAUUUUAUUUAUUUUUAUUUUUUGUUUUUUAAUGCCUGAUGCUUGGCUUUUUGAGAUUGCAUUUUGACUGCAGAUAUAGCACCUCCCCUUCUCCUGCCUCUUAUAUAAUAGGAAGUGAGAGACAAACUAGGAAAUAGACUUUUGGCUUCUGGGAAGUAAAGUUCUCCCACAGGUUUAUCCUCGUGUCCAUGGACCUGCUUCUGUUCACUUGAGUAUGUGCUUCUCAUUUACCCUGCACUCAGGCUAUAUUUAUCAUUGUUGCCAGGUGCUAGAUGUUGUGACCCAGUCAUACAAAUACAAUGAAUUGUGAUAUCAGCACUCAAGGACUUUUUAUACAAAUCUUCAUUUUAUUCCAUUUUUCAAAGUGUUAAAAAGAGCAGUGUCGACCAGCUUGAACUUUCAUCAGGCCAACAAAAAUUUGCUUAAUUAAGCCGUUUUGGUAUUUAGAUCAAGUCUGGCUGCUCAAUUCUCUGCCAUUUAGAAGUUAAAUCACUUUUUGUGCAGCCCCAGUCACACCUCCCAGCUUGUGACUUACACAGCCUUUCUAAACUCUUCCGUAAAGAGAUAUCUAAUAUUUAAACUUCCUUGUAUUGCAAAUUAUGUUUAGGGCUGCACAAACAGAAAUAAAGUGAUUCAACUCCUAAAUGGCAGAGAAUUGAGUAGUGAAACAUCAAAUGCUUGAUCUAUACACACAAUCUGAUUCAUUAAGGUAAAGUUGUUCUGGUGACUAUAUUGUCCCUUUAACCUGCUGUUACCAUGUGGUAAAAACUUUUUGGAAUACUACUUUGCUUCCACUGAUGUCAUUAGUAGAACCAGUAUUGGCCAGGAGUGUCUCAGCCGUGUAAGUUGAAAUUUACUUAGAAAUUAGUAUGCCUCAGUAUGCCACAUCUGUGAACUAUUUGUUUUGUAAGCCAGUGUAUCUCAGUAGUUACUUUUGCCAAUUUCUAUAAUGAUCAUCAGCAAUCACUGGGGCAAUGUUCCAAGAUCUCUUGGAAGAUGGAAUUCUCCAAUCCAACUUUACCCUAAGCCAUAAUUCUUUACCAAGGGAGAUCUCAUCCAUUUUUAAAUUGGUUAGAAUAGUCUUCAUUUUUUUUCUUCUUCCUUAGGAUGACAAUGUCUAGCUCCAACAGUUGGAUGGUGAGCGCUAUAGUUCCCAACCUAGUAUAUGUGCUUUUGGUAAAAAGUGUGGUUUGUAUAUAUAUAUUCAGCAAGCAGAAAAUAAAAUUGUAUUUUUAUUUUCUUGUACAUAGUUAAAGGACAAACAAACUUGUUUUCCUGGCACUACAUAGUCCUUAGGUUCCCCACCCUCAGGGCCCCCGUCCCGCUGGGCUGAAGGGGUUAAAAAACCUUCAGCCACUUACCUUAAAUCCAGCACCAGGCUCCCUCGGCGCUGGUGACCUCUCCUCCCCAUCUGACGUCGGCUCCUGAGUGGUGCCGAAUGCGCGUGCGCGGCCAGAGCCGAGUACGCUUUCAAACCGCCCAUAGGAAAGCAUUACUCAAUGCUUUCCUAUGGACGUUCUGCGUGCUCAAUGCGUCUCUAGCGCAGGAAGACAGCCACUAGAGACUGGAUUAACCCUGCUAUUUAAACAUAGCAGUUUCUCUGACCUGGCACCCAGACCACUUCCUUGAGCUGAAGUGGUCUGGGUGACUAUAGUGGUCCUUUAAUAUAAAGUGUUACUUGAACUACCUCCUCUAAAGAUGCUUGUUUUUGUUUUGUUGUGUCUUAGACCACUUGAGGGCCUCGUUUGGGCAGGCGGGCAGAUAGGAACUGAGACUAUAUUGAGACAUUUUAUACUUUCUACAAUUCGAAGAUGGUACUGCUUUCAAAUAAAGGUUAUUUGAGGUUCCAGACUUGGCUACUUUGAAAUAUGUAUGUUAACAUAUGACUGUGCUGCCAUAACUUGGGAGAACACAGCAGGUUUUAGAUUGCAACAUACAACCCUUCUGUGCCCACACACUAAAGAAUGAGAGGUCAUGUAGAGAGCUGUGCCUACACAUCUGUGAAAUGUGCUGUUUUUUCUGUUUGUGACAAUACGCAGUUUAUGCUGCAAUUGUAAAACUAAUAAUUGGAAGAUUGUUUUAUAGGAAGCCUCCCCUUAUAAGACCUAGAAAAACCUUUAUUAAAGAGACAUUCUAAGUACCAUAACCACUGCAGCUCAUUGUAGUGGCUAUGGUUAUAGGAAACUGACUGUACAUUCUGUGUCUCAUUGUUUUUGAGCAGUUUGACACAGGAGCACAUGGACCCAGCUUGCGGCAUUGCUAAUGUGGCACAAAAACUUCUGUAUUAGCAAUGUAAAUUUUGCCCAAAUUUGCAUGACAUUAAUUGGCAAAGCAUGUCAGCUGACUAUUUCGGCCAACGAUCAGCUGACUUCUUCCAAAUGCAGUUUGCAAUCUCGCUCUCGAUUGAUAGGCAUUUUGUCAAAAUGUUAGUGAGUUUUGAACAAUAAUUUUAUAGGCUUUCUAUAGUGCUAGGUGGAAAAACUGUGCAACACUUGCAUACGCAAAGAGUGCCAGAAAAACCUGACGCAAAAAGGCAAAUCAGGUUUUUAAUACAUAAUUGGGGAAAGGGUAGAAGAUUGAAUUGAUGAAAUAGUACUUCCAAAGAGCUUUAAAAAACAAGCAAUUACUACAAUCAAAGUUCCUAAUAAACCUAAUCAAGGUUCCUGAACAACAUGGGUGUUGCAGAAUGGAUGGAACAUCUACUUAUGUGACAAAACAUGACCAAAGCUUCACCAGUGGAGGUUUGUAGAAACUUGCCAAAGUUGCAGCGGUGCCAUUGACUGCCAAGGUGUGAUAGAAGAUGAUGUUGUACAGGAAGAAGGUUGGUUGUUGACAUUCAGAGAUGUAGGAUCCUCCGUCAAUGGAAUUUUGUCCCAAUGAUCUCAGUAGACUGCCCCGGUUUUAAAAACCCAAAGCAUAUACCAAGGAGUAUAGAUCAACAGCACAAGAGUAGGUAUCUAUGUGCAAGAAAAUUUACGAUAAUUAAGCUGUGCCUAUUCACCAAAUAGAUUACCCACUGCUGGGCCAUUGGUGCAUGUUGAGUUUUUAAUGCAAAAAUCUCAAAGUAAAUCAAUCGCUAUGGAAUCCAAUGAAUCUGGUGGUUGAUAUUUUUCAUUUCUUGCAAUCUGUUACAGAACUAUUUCUUUAAAUCUAACCUUGCCAAACACAGCGCCUACUUGAGGAGCAAUCCGUUAAGAUCUAUAGAAUAUAUUUAUAAAUAAUACAUCCCCGUCUCCGUUUGUAGCCCCACGGAGAAAAGCGCAGCUUAGCAGAGGGGACCUUGACAGGGCUUGGAGGCGGGCUUAGGGGGAGCCUGAUGGUGAUUGAGUAGUGGUUGGGCUGAUAUAAGUGUCGUUCAUUUUGAGAAAUCCCCAUUACUAAUUUGACUUACCAGCCUGGUAAAAGGAAGGUUAAGGGGGUAAUGGUCUGCUUUGGUAAGAGAAGAGCUAGAGUAGUUAGUUGGCUGGUUAAUAUGGUUGGUUACCUGUUGGUAACAUGUUGGUGGGUUUCAAGGUCGUUGGUAGCUCAGUACUCGGGUGGUGUAGGGGUAUCAAUGUAUACCCCUGCCAGGAUCGUGUGGGGAAAAUGUUGGCUCUUGUUUUGUUAAAUUUACCUGGUUGCUAUACUAUGUUAUAUCAUGGGUCAUUGCCUUGUAAUUUGAUAUGUUGGGAAGUGAUAAUGUUAGAUGGCUGAGGCUUUGGGGGUGGGGCAAUAACUUUAAAAAGUUAUUCAUAUGUUGUUAUUAUGACUAUAAUAAAAUUAAAUCUGUGGACAUAUGGACCCAUACCUAAGAGUGUCAGUGUUUUAUUAAGGGUGGGUCGGUAUAAGGUAGUAUACAGCAUCUCCUGCGCAUAUGGCGACAAUGCACCAGUCAUGUGUUCCCUUUUGCCUGUUGAUCCUACCAUUUAUCAUGCAUGUUCCCAAUGUGAAAUAGUUUCAAAAAUAAAAAGUGUAACCACCGCACUGCUUGUUUUUAAUUUGGAACAAGAACUACUUAGAAAUGUUAGACAACACAUUUGACAGAGUUUACAUUCCUGUCCUUGCUGCUGGCAAAUAUAAUGCUCCCUGCAAUGUGGGCUUUGCUAGAACAGCUUUAAUGGUAACGAAGUACAUAAUACUUUUAUAUUUUAUUACGAGAACCCGGUCCAUGUCUCAUCAUCCUCUUCCCUUCUCUUUCUCUGACACCUCAUCUCCUCUUCCAUCAUUCUGUACAACUGUUUUUAGACCAUCUGCUUUGGAAUAAAAUUGUUUAUCCGCAGAGUAAGAGGUUUUUAUAUAAAAACAAGACUGUUUAAUAUUGGAGUAAACACAAAGAAAUGUUAAAAGUAUUGUAAAUUAGAAAGUACUUUUCUUUUUCUUUUUUUUCUUUUUUUGUUAAAAAGCAAGUAAUUAUUUUGUGUGGCCUCCUUAUUAUAUGAUAAAGUGAGAAUAAAAAGAAAGAGGACACACUAACGACUGAAGCAUCAGUGGAAGUUACAAACACAUGCAAGCAAUGUAUAUAAAGUAUUUAAAGGUCACAGUCUUGCUUGACAGACGUAAAUCCCAUGAAAAGCUAGGGAUUGUCACGUGGCACCACAGGAAAUGGUCUUGUGGAGUUCAUUGUAGCGAAGAACGAAUUCUUACAGAAACGUAGUAUCCAAAAGCGAAAAAGAAAUCUAUAAAAAGACACCGUGGAUGGGGAUCUAGGGAAAAUGUACAUUCUAAUUGGUUUUUUUGUUUGUUUUAUGAAAUUUGUCAUGCAUAUGUAAUUCUGGCUUCCUAAUUUGCUAUAUCUGUCUGAUGGUCCUCUGUCUCCAAAAUAGUUUGAAUUGUUCAUGGUAUGGCUUCCGCAACAUGAAGCAAACAUUACUUUGCUAUUAUCAUGCAUGCAGACUACAUUUAUGGGUUCAUGAUGUGAAUUUGUUAUCCUCAAGGAACAAACUUAUAUAUCUUUUUUUUUUUUUUUUUAUAUUGUGAAUUUUUCACCACAUGGAUCUGCAGCUAUUUUAUAGGGAUAUCGAAACAAAACAACUUUAGCAUAAUUAAUUAGUUUUGGUGUAUAGAUCAUGCCCCUGUAGUCUCAUUGCUCAAUUAUCUGCCAUUUAGGAGGGAAAUCCCUUUUGUUUAUUUUUACACCUGCAGAAGCUGUGACUUAUACAGCCAACAUGAAAUUAAGGCACCGUGUGUUUACUUAGAAGUGUUUGUAUCUCCUGAUCAGUUAAUUGGACUUUAAUCACACCCAGACUCCUGUAGGGUCUAGAAGACCAUUAAUAGAGCAAGAUUUAGAAAUUCUAAAUUGAGCAGAAUGUGCAAUAAAGGAUGUUUUAUACUUUAUCUCUCUCUUUGCAGGAAAUAUGUAGGGAGACCGUGUUGGUCACAUGUAGUGGAGGCGUGACUAGAGUUGUUUAAACAAAGUGAUUUAACCCCUAAAUGGAAGAUAAUUAAGCAACUAGACUGUAGGGGCAUGAUGUACAUACCAAAACUGCUUCAUUAAGCUAAAGUUGUUUUAGUGCUUAUAGUGUCCCUUUCAUAAUCUCCGUUUACCUAGUAGUACUGUUUGUAAACUAGUGCCUUGUAUGGGAAAAUCAAUCCACUUACCUAGGGAGUAAUGUUUAAAUAGAAGAUGUUUUCAUCCUAUACUUAUUGCUGGAUGUUUAUUACCUAUAGCCAGAGUGAGUAAAUCUCAGACGAUUCUUGGAGACCUUACGGAAGAUAUUUACGACAUGACUCUAUUAAAAUAAUUGCUACAUCUUCUUUAUUAUGUCUCAUUAGGUAUUACGAUCACUUUAAUGUUCGCAGACUACCAUCCACCUAUUACCAUCCAUGUUGCUUUAAGCAUUUCUAACUUUAUAUUACUGCUGGACAGGUGGGGAGUCAAUCUAUGAUAUAUGACUGUAGAAUAUUGCAUAUUCUAUUCACAUUCGAUAUGGGUGUUGUUUCUCUAGCACAGUGCCCGAUGUUUGGUAGGUAAACUGAAAUGUUAAUUUAAUUAGGGUUUGUAAAUCAAUAAUUAUGAUAGUGUGUUGCAUCUGUCUGGAUGUCUGCCAUGUCAGGUCUAAAUCGGUCUGUACUGUCUAUAUCUAUCUCGUGUCAAAGAGAGAUGUAUAGUCCUCCAAAGAUCUUGCACAUAAACUGUUGGUCGGGGAGAUCUUCUGAUGUCACAAAACGUCCAGUUGUCCUUCCCCAUUUUCAUAAAUAAAUAUAUUGUUUCCAAUGUUCGGUUCAUGUAUGUUCCUUUUAGAAUGUUUGCUGUGCUCCUUGCAUUUACUGUAUGCUUUAUUCUUUCUAGACAAGCUACUUUGGACUGUGGUAUCUCGGAAAAGCCCAACAAGCCAGAUGGGUGGAACUUGACAAAUCUCUGAAGAAGCAGUUGGACAAAUAUGCCGUUGAAUCGAUACUUUAUUUUGGAGUAAUGUUUUAUGUUCCAGACAUAUAUCAUCUAAAAGAGCGUGUCUCCAGGUAUGUAUACAUUAUUUAUUUUCUAGUUUUCAACUGAAAACCUUUUUAAUUUUCUUAUUUGUAAUUUAAAUAUACAUAAGAUUACUACAAUGAGCACUUUAAAAAAUUAUUUUUUAAAAGAAUUUUUUUUUUAAAGCUCUACCUCAUGUUGAGUGGCAUUUAACAUGGUUUUCAGCAUCUUUCUAUUGAAUACAUUGUGAUGCAGAAUGAGAUGUACAACUGCAAUGCAUGCAAUGUGUCCAUCUGUAAAGAGUCAUUACAAGGGUAUUAUUGGUUUUUGAAAUAACAAAAUAACCAAAUACUUUGCCGGUAUUAUUGCAUAAACCCAACUGGCUCCCUAUGGAGCAUAUUCACAUGCGUGACCGUCUUACACGCUACAAUUUUUCACAGUGAGUAAGAUGUUAUUUCAUAUACCAAUGUUUGCAAAAGGUGUUGGGUUGCCUUUAUUCUGUGACUUAUGUUUUCUAUUUGUCUUGCAUUUUCAAUUUGUGUGUCUUAUAAAUUAAAGGGACACUCCAAGCACCUUAGCCAAUACAGGUCAUUGUGAUGGUCAUCUUGCAUGCACAGCAUAUUGUAGUAGGGUUUGCACCUGAAGAAAAAUACUUCACUAGUGAUUAGCUGUAUAGCGAGAGUCCUAAAUUAGUUUUGUUUUGUGUUUUUGUUUGUUCUUUAUUUCUUCAAUAUAACAUAAGUUAACUGGUAUUCAAGCAAAAGUUCCCCCUAAAUACGAGACAGGAAGGGUAAUUAGGUGUUGGCAUAGCCGUCGCACAAGAAAACUUACAGGAACGAAAGGUUGAAAAGGACCCUGCUCAAACGAGCUUACAGUCUAUAGGAGGUGGGGUGUAAAACACAAUAUGACAGGAGAUGGCAAUCAAAUUAAGUGGGAGUGAAGCCGGAGGUGAGAGAGUGCUGCCCUUUAGGAGAGAGCAAGAGACAGGUAUGUGAGGUAGAGGUUACUCUGGGAGGCCAUAAGCUUUCCUAAAGAUUUGGGUUCUAAGGCACUUCUUUAAUGAUUAAAGGCUAGAAGAGAGUCUGAUGGCGGUAGGUAGGCUAUUCCACAGGAAGGGAGCCGCCUGUGAGAGAAGGCCUGCAAGCGUGAGUUGGCCGUACGGGUGCGAGCAGCAGACAGGAAAAGGUCAUGGGCAGAGCAGACAGAUUGAGAAGGGGCAUACCUAUGGAUCGGUGAAGAGAUGAGACGGGCUAGAAUUGGUCAGUGCUUUAUAGGUAUGGGUUAGCACUUUGAAUUGACUCCUAUAGGAUACAGGAAGCCAAUGUAAGAAAUGAAAGAAGGGUGAGGUGUGAGAGGACCGACUAGAGCAGAAAAUCAGUCUGGCGGCAGCAUUCCUUACAGACUGUAGCGGGGCUAUAUGGCUUUUGGGAAGACCAAUCAGGAGAGGGUUACAAUAAUCCAUGUGGGAAAUUACUAGAGCAUGAACAAGCUCCUUAGUAGAAUCUUGUGUAAGAAAGGGGCGGAUGCGCGCUGUGUUUUUAAGAUGGGAUCUUCCAUAAAAACUUCAUCAAAAUUCUUAUGGUGCCAGAAGGUCUAUGGCAGUGUUUCCCAACCCAGUCCUCAAGGCACACCUACCAGUCCAGGAUUUAGGGAUUACCCAGUUGUGUCUAAGGUGUUUUUACAAAGAAGAAAAAAAACACCUUAGACACAACUGGGUAAUCCCUAAAUCCUGGACUGGUAGGUGUGCCUUGAGGACUGGGUUGGGAAACACUGGUCUAUGGUACUGGCUUUCCUGGUCCUGGUGAUCCACCACAAAGGACCUCCUAGCACCACAACUUAAUUCCAAUCAAGUUGUUAUGGUGCCCCUAGUGUUUCUCAUGCCUGCUUGUAACUUUUUUCUGUACACUGCAAAAAUAUAUAUAUAUAUUUAUAUAUAUAUAUAUAUUUUUUUUUUCUUUUUUUUUUUUUUAAACAAAAUCACAGUGAGAAGCGCCUCUAGCGGCUGUCAAUGAGACAGCCACUAGAGGCUGGAUUAACCCAUUUGUAAACAUAGCAGUUUCUGUGAAACUGCUAUGUUUACAGCAGAAAGGGUUAAUCCUAGAUGGACUUGGCACCCAGACCACUUCAUUAAGCUGAAGUGGUCUGGGUGCCUAUAGUGGUCCUUCAAGUGAUUUCCUAGUAACAAACUGAUACAGUAAUCUAUAAUGGUUCUGGUUUUUGGAGUCUCGUUUUAAAAAUAUCUCUGGUCUCAUUUUGUGAAUGUGAACAUAUUUGUCUCCAAGAAUUAAACGUGGAUACAGAAAUAUGAAAUGAAUGGAAACUUGCCGGCUGUGCAUGUGGUGUUUUUAGGUUUCCAAAGAAUGAUUUCUUCUGACUUGUCUGACUUGGACUUCAAGGAGAGAGAGAGAUUGUGCGUGUCUCUUGUGAAGUAUUUUAAUAUUGUGUUUUGUAUGUGUUUUUCUGGAAGGAAUUGUGUAGAUUUUUUUUAAAUAGGCACUUGCUGCCAGCUGGUUUUUAAUAACACCAUUUAGUUAAAAAAAAAAAUUAAAAAAAUUAAUAUUUGCCCACAUUAAAUGUCUUUUCACUGGAGUCCAAGUAUUUAAUCUUUUUCUGAAUUAAUUUAGUCUCUCAGACACCUGCUAACCAGAGAUGCCCAAGCACAAUGGCCACCCCUAUUCUCUAUGUGUGACUACAUAUUUUCUGACUAGGAUACCCACUCUCCUGGAUUGUGGGAUGCAUGUUAAAUCCCCAAACUCCUUUUAUGCAACUUGCAGCCAUUGGGGAAAUACUGUCAGGAGGCCGGCGGCUUUGCUGACCUCCAGCCGAUCAAAUGGUGUGCUGAUUUGGUCCCACAGAUAAUCCCUUCUCUCCACCUCCUUUUUUGGUGUUUCGGACGCCGAACACAGCCUUUCUGUCUUAUUAUGAUGGGGUGCUCUUGCUCUGCCGUCAUUAUGUAAAUUAUGCACAUCCACGUUAUUCUUGACACCCCUUGCAUUUUGGAGGCGAGACUAUGACAAAUUCCAAUAAAUAGAUGCCAAAACCCAUGUUCCUUGCCCUAGUGUGGUUUUGUGAUCCCCGCGUUUAUAUCGUUCUUUAUUGCGUUUUUGACCCAGUUGUCCCUUUGACCAUUUUGACCUCUGUUAUCUUUACCCAGCUUAGUUUUCUCAUUGACCUGCUUUCUGGAAUCCCUUGACUGUGGCUAGUUAUUCUACUACUCUGUCUUUUGUGAAGCCCAGCCACCUCUAAGGACCAGUAACACACUUCUAUCAUGUGUUAUUUUCUGGGUUUCAUACACUGCAUGUUUGGGUUAUGAUUGCCGUGACAAAUACAAAUUGCUGUAGGCCAGCUGGAUCACCUUGAAUCCCUGAAAAUAUCUUAUUAAUGGUUUCCCUUGCCACUCAGGUAUCUGUAAGAUAUGUAAGGUUCUAUCCUAUCUAAAGAUUCUACUUGGCUGAUUUUAUUAAACCCCAUCAGUUCAGGUGUUAUAAGGGGAUCAAACAGGAAGCAUCCACAUUCCCUUCCCCACCGCGCAUUCAAUAAGUACAUUUCUCUGACAAUUAUCUUGCAGGCUGUGCAUGUUCUAUAAGGUAUUAUGCAUGGGUAUUUAUGCAUUAUGUUGUAGUUUAUUAUAAUUUUUAAAGCAAUUAAUUUAGGGUGGUGUACAUUUAGGAAAUAGCAUUCAUUGUGUCACUCCUUUGUGGGAAAAGUGAAGAUGUAUUUGAAUUGUAAUUCUGUCGAGUCCACAAAUGACUUCCUUUUUAUGUGAAUUAUACCUGAAGCUUCUUAAAACGAGCUGGGACCUGCACCCGCAGUUUGAAAUAAUUUUAAUACCAUAAUCUACGUAUACAUGUUGAUUGAGUCAGCCCUAAUGUAGAAAUAUAUGGAGGCUUGGCCACGAAAGAAUACUAAAAUGCCCUUUUAUUUAUUGAUUUUUUUUUUUUGUCCUGGUCACUUUUUUUAUACAAUUUAUUUGAACACAUGUUUAAAAUACAUCAAAACAUCCAUUAUUUUCAAACCUUUCUAAUAUAAAUACAAAAUUAUUUUGCUCCUGUGUGUAAUCUGAGGAUGGGAUCUUAAUCCAACGAUCAUUGUUAUUUAUUAUUCCCAAGUGAUCUAGAUUUACUGAAACCUAAAGGAAUACUGAAACACAAACUCUAUAGCUUGUAAUGGUGCAAGGAGGCUAUUUGUGUGGUCACACUAGUUUUUGUCAAACCAUUUUUAGGUGCAUGUGUUAAUAACCUUUUAACCACUUACCCGAUUCCAGUGCUGAUGUCCCUUGGUACAGGGUCAGGACUCUUUUUUCAGACAACAUCGACUGGGUCGUAGCUAAUACGCAGCAAGCACAUUAGGUACUCCUUAUAGGAAAGCAUUGAAUCAAUGCUUUCCUAUGGGGAUUUCACUGAUGCUGGAUGUCCUCAGCGUCUGUUGUGCGACCUAAAGGUUGUCUUAGUGCUACAAUGUAAACAUUACAGUUUCUCUGUUCUGCAUUGUAGGACUAAGGGGGAACAGGGACACUGCACCCAGAGAUAAAGUGGUGCUGGUGGUGGGAAAGUGUAGAUGAAAACUUCUUCCACCUGAAACAAGUGGAUGGUAAAUGCCAUGUUGGAGUAUGUGUCUGCUGCAUACAACAUUGCACCUCUUCCUGAGUUGUGUUUCAAAGCUGUUGUAUGCAGCAGACACAUACUCAAAGGAAUGCAUGUAUAAAGUGGAACUAUUAGGGAAAAAUGUGGUUCUUUGUUGAGCUCAUUUGCAUACACCUACCCAGAAUCCCUUGCAGUAGUGAGAGCACUGUUAAAGUGAGAUUUCUGUGGUAAAAGCAAGACUUAUGGCUUGCCAGGUAUGUGUAUUUGUGUUUAACAUUGCUGUUCUGUUCACUGCAGUGGGAGGCCUACAGCACACUCCAGCUUCCCUUACCAGCAGCUCCUGUGUCUCUAACACUCGCGAGCGCCGCUGCCGCCAGAGCGUUAGACAGAGGAGCUGCUGGGAAGGGAAGCUGGAAUGUGCUACGAGCCCCCACUUCAGUGAACAGUGCCUGGCCACUGGACCAUCAGGGAAUGCGGUCCAGAUAACAAAUAGGGAGGGGGCAAUAAAAUGUUUAACAGGUGUGUGUUUAAAAUAAAUAAAUAAAGUGCUCUCAUAGAAACCUAGAAUGUGACGGCAGAUAAGAACCAUUCGGCCCAUCUAGUCUGCCCAAUUUUCUAAAUACUUUCAUUAGUCCCUAGCCUUAUCUUAUAGUUAGGAUAGUCUUAUGCCUAUCCCACGCAUGCUUAAACUCCUUUACUGUGUUAACCUCUACCACUUCAGCUGGAAGGCUAUUCCAUGCAUCCACUAUCCUCUCAGUUAAAAUAAUACUUCCUGAUAUUAUUUUUAAACCUUUGACCCUCUAAUUUAAGACACUGUCCUCUUGUUGUGGUAGUUUUUCUUCUUUUAAAUAUAGUCUCCUCCUUUACUGUGUUGAUUCCCUUUAUAUAUUUAAAUGUUUCUAUUAUAUCCCCCCUGUCUCGUCUUUCCUCCAAGCUAUACAUGUUAAGAUCCUUUAACCUUUCCUGGUAAGUUUUAUCCCGCAAUCCAUGAACCAAUUCAAUUUUCUGUUGCCUUCAAUAGUGCAACUUUUAAAUAAUCCAAUUUCUCUUGGACUCCAUUUAAAUUGCUCCAGUCUGAUAAUGACUCCUCUACCCAUAUUCUAAUUUUAGAAAAGUCUGUUUUUCUAAAGUCUAAAACUUUUGUUUUUGUGUGGUGUUACUCAGUCACUGUUCUUAUAUUAAACCACACUGACUGAUGAUCACUGGAUCCUAAACUUUCACCUGCAGUAAUAUCUGAUACCAAAUCUCCAUUUGUUAACACUAAAUCUAGUAUGGCCUCUUUACGAGUUGGCUCUUCAACAACUUGUUUUAGAGACAAUACCAGUAGUGAGUUUUAGAAUAUGUGUGCUCCUGGCACAAGUAGCUAAUUUUGUUUUCCAAUUUACAUCAGGAAGAUUAAAGUCACCCAUGAUGAGAACUUCCCCCUUCAUUGUCAUUUUAGCUUUUUCCUCAACUAGUAGAUUAUCUAACUCUUCAAUUUGUCCUGGGGGCCUAUAAAUCACACCUACACAAGUUACUGUGUGAUUAUGUAACUUCACGCUAACAAUUUAACUGUUUAGCCAAGCUUGCUAAAAAUAUAAAAUUGUGCAGACUCUCAUGCCACUGUUUAACCAUUGUAUAUCUUGCAAUACGCUGUUGUGGCGUCUGUUGAUUCCUUGUACCCACCUGCACAGCAAAAAUAAAGAAUUACAAAGUUACUGUGUGAUUACCAAAUUCUAACGUAACCCAAACGGACUCUGUUUGUCUCACUAACUUUUAUUAGGCUAGAUUUUAUGCUAUCCUUCACAUACAGGGCCACCCCUCCCGCUUUCUUGCCUUCCCUAUCUUUUCUAUAUAAAGAGUACCCUGGUAUUGCUAUGUCCCAGUCAUUUUUCUCAUUAUACCAUGUCUCAGUAACAGCGACUAAAUCUACACUAUCAGUUGCCAUUAUUGCCACAAGUUCCCCCCCCCCCUAGUUUAAAUACAUCCUAGCAAAACCUCUGAGAACAUUUGUUCCCUUUUGAGAAAGAUGCAAACCAUCUUUUUUGUACAGCUUAUUUCCAUUCCAAACAGAGCUACCAUGAGAAAUAAAGCCAAAUCCUUGCUCCCGACACCAUUCACCAAGCCACAAAUUAAAGUCCCUAAUACGCAUCCGCCUGUCGUUCUGAGUGUUAUGCACAGGCAGAACUUCAGAGAAUGACAGUGUGGAAGCAACCUGCCGUAUAUCAUUGGCAAAAACACUAAAAACUUCCUUAACCUCUGAAACCUCAUUGCAAGCCAAGUCAUUUGUCCCUAGAUGGACAAGUACAUCCAAUUCCCCUUCCUGCUUUGCUUGCUUAACAAUAUUACAGAUACGUCUCCUGUCUCUGUGAGCAGUAGCUCCGGAAAGACACCUCACAAGACCACCAUUGUCCAUCUCCACACCUCUUAUGAUCGAAUCCCCCAACAACAACUGCUUUCUAUUAGGCCUCACCAUAGUCUCCAAUCCGGUCUCCACAAAACCACUAGCCUCAGUGCCUCUCUCCACCACACCACUAGCCUCAGUGCCUCUCUCCACCACACCACUAGCCUCAGUGCCUCUCUCCACCACACUAUUACACUCUGAAAGUGCAGAAAAUGAAUUAUGUAGAGCAACAGACUGUGGAAAAUGCCUUUUAUCCACAACUCUUAGUCUACCAGAUCCUACAGUAAUCCAUCUGCAAUUCCUAGUAUGUCUCUGCGGCAGUGGCUUUGCAGCAGUUCCAGUCUGAGUUUGUUCACCAGAUAAUUUACAAAUCUCAGACUUCAAAAAUACUCUCCUGCCGCAAGAUAGAGAACUGUCUACAGAUUAGACAACAACCAAAUCUCCAAAAAGUAGAACGUGAAACAAAUGAAUAGCAACUAUUACACUGAACUAAGUCUGCCAUUCCAAUGAGGAAAAUAAUUUAACUCAAACUAAUCUUAACUUUUUACUUUAUCCUCCUGAAUACCUUAGAUUACCUUCAGUUUAUCUCCAGAAUAUCUCCAACUACACACUUAGAAGCAACACUUUCCAGAAUAUCUCCAACUACACAAUUAGAAGCAACACUCUACAGAAUAUCUCCAACUACACACUUAGAAGCAACACUCUCCAGAAUAUCUCCAACUACACAUUUAGAAGCAACACUCUCCAGAAUCUCUCCAACUACACACUUAGAAGCAACACUCUCCAGAAUAUCUCCAACUACACACUUAGAAGCAACACUCUCCAGAAUCUCUCCAACUACACACUUAGAAACAGCACUUAGAAGUAGCACCAAGCUAUAUUAGCCAAGCUAAUGACAACAAGCCUUAUAUAACUCCUAAAAUCACCACCCACUAGGAAUGUUUAACACCUGGGUAGGCCUCUGCUUAUUUGCAAACAAUAGCUAAUUAACCAGCAAUCAAUAGCAAGUAACUAGCUUAAUCAAAUCAAAUGCCUUAUAAUUACCAACAGGAAUUCAAACCUUGUGCAAUCAGUAACCUUUUCCUACAGAUGAAUCUUACCUGUAACAGUAGAAAAGAAAGCUCUUAGCACAACUCUUAGACAGUUGAAGCUUCUGUAAAACUCUCCAGAAUAUCUCCAACUACACACUUAGAAGCAACACUAACUGCAGCUCCUAUUUUACAUACACAUGCUAUGCAUUCAUAAUAUAAAUAUAUAAAUGUAUAUACACACACUACCUCCACUACACACAUAUACAUUCAUUCUAUACACACACAAUGCAUUCAAUAUAUAUAUAUAUAUAUAUAUAUAUAUAUAUAUAUAUAUAUAUAUAUAUAUAUAUAUAUAUACACACACUACCUCCACUUUACAUACUACAUUCACUACGCAAACACUAUGCAUUUAUUAUAUACAAGCUACAUCCCUACGCAAAGACACAAACUCUGCAUUCAUUCUAUACACACUACAUCCACUACACAAGCACACUCUCUGAGUUCACUAUACACAAACACACUGCAUACCUGUGGGCGGAUUCAGGGGUGUGUCCGGGGGCCCAGAUCUUGAGCUGUGUCAGGGGCCCUAAAAUUUCUGAUGGCAGCCCUGGUCUGGGUGCCUAUAGUGUCCCUUUAACCCCUUAAGGACCAAACUUCUGGAAUAAAAGGGAAUCAUGACAUGUCAUGUGUCCUUAAGGGGUUAACAACCUAUUUUGUGGGAGGCCAGUGUUCCAUGGCUUGUGGCUCCUACAAGUGAUAGAAGAAUUCAUUGAGUUGAUUCUGAAAAUGUAAGUGAUUAUCACAUAUUCAAAUUAAACAAAAAUUUAUAUGUGUUGGUGUGUUUUUCUAUGGACUAAUAGUUCUGGUAUGUUGGAUAAGCCCUGAUUAAAUUAUAGGUUGUUAUUAAGGAAUGCACUCUCCCUGUAAUUUUGUGAUAAUGAAUGUAAAAGUUCAAGGGCAGAAAGUGAGAUGCAGGCUUCGUCUUGUAGCCUUCUCUCCCAGCAUGCUUCGACUGGUCUGUUCUGCUACACAGUUCACAUGCAAAGUUUAUUUUUAGCAAAUAGUAACCUUUUAGGGUGAAAAACGCUCUGUUCCUUCCCUGCAAAGGCAAACACUGGGAUUCCAAGCUGACUGGUGAAGAUAUCUUGUGUUUACCCUGGUGUACAAGAUGAUGGCUUCUUAAAAGGCUGUGCUCUAUUGAGAAGCAUUAUGUAAAAUAUUGCUUGCAUGCCCUGGCACGAUAUGGGUAUAAGUGUCUGCUUGCUGCCCUGAAGAUAAGGAGAAUAUUGGUGUUGUAAUAACGUCGUUUUUGUUUUCUUUUCUUUUUUCUUUUUCCAAAUGUAUAAUAAAUUAUAUAUGUUUAUCUUUUGUGCGUAUUCGAAAGGAAAAGAAAAGCUUACAUUGCACAGAGCUUUUGGAUCUCUGUGAAACAGUGGAUUGUCGUGAAUGGAAAACCAGACGGAUAAACUUAAAGGAACAGUAAAGCAUUAGGAAUAUGACCCUACCUAUUUGGAUUGUUUAAAAAAAAAAAAUAAUAACUUGCCAUUACUUCCACGGCUGCAAAGUUUCCCAGCCUGAGAUCAUCAGUCAUAAGACAAUUCAAUACUGUGCUUCCGUGAGGAAGCAUUGGGAGGCUAGUGCAUAUGCUCACCAAAAUGCUGUGCUGCACUAAUCUGCAACUCUUCCCAGAAAUGUGUUGAGACGAUGCAUGGAGACGCUGAACGUCACGACUGUAAUGUUGUGUGGACCAAUUCCUGGAAGGUCCUCUGUGACAGCCACUAGGAUUGGCAUUAAGCAUCCUCUUCUCUUUCUUUGAAAAGGCAGGGUUUACACUGCUCAGCCUGCAGGGACAGGCUUUAUAGCCCAGACUCAUUAUGUUAAGCUAUAGUUGUUCAGGUGCCUAGAGUGUCCCUUCAAAUAGAAAAACUGAUUCAUAUGAAUCCUCCUCCUCCCCCUCCCCCCCCACCAGAUUUUCUAUUUUGGCCAAUUUUUCAGUUUGGUUUUUAAUUUAGUGCAUAUCACUAAACUGUAAAUAAACCCAUUUUAUUCUAAUAUGAAAGUUAUGACAUUCUAUGUUGGAAUUUUAACACACAUGCUGCAGCUUCUAUUUUAACUAAACUGGUAUUCAGGGUGUGUGGCUGGAAGAUGAAUACUAUUUAAUGACACUGUCAAUCUUGUUUAAAUAAAAAAAUAUAUAUAUAUUUAUUUAUUUAUUUGUAUAAAUCAAGCAUGUCAAACUCAAAGGCUAACUCGGGCCAAAUAUACAAGGCUUAAGUUUACGUGGGCCGCACACAAAAAAAAAAAGAGUUCGAGGUAGACUAACACAAACGUAAAUUACUUGUAUCAUUCUCAUGCAAACAAUAUGUAAUCCUGGGUACAGCUAUAGAAUUCACUCAAAAGCUUCACCUCAAGUUACUUACUAUCUCUGUAGUAAUUCCACUGUCUGGAGUGUCCGCUCUGCUCACUCCCUCUGCAAACUGCAGUCACAGCCAGGUAGGUAGCCGCGCUGUCCGCUCCGCUCGCUCCCUCAGUCCCUGUGCAAUCUCCAGGCAGAGUGUUGCCAUUUUGAUUAUUAGGGUAGGAUAACCUUAUAUAAAGAUGGAGGGAAAAACCACACAGGUACUUCUUGCUUCUGUGUCUUUAUUCUACUUCCUGUUUCAGGAGGAAAAGGAAGGAGUAACAACAAACUUUAUUUACUUUUAACCAUACAAUGUAUAUCAUAGGUUACAGCACUAUGAGAGCACUUUUAGUUUAUAUCUCAACACAGAAUAAUGUGUCACAACACAGAGUAAUCCAUCCAUGUCUAUUCUUCCCUCCUUCUAUUCAUGUCUCUGUUCCCCUCCCUUCUAUGUCUCCCUUCUACCCCUUCCAUUCAUACCUGGCAGGCAGCUGUUUCUUUCUCAGAGCCUGCGCCCGAGGUGUUGGACCUGCCAGCUGUGCUCUGCACUAUUGAUAGAUGGCCCCCUCCCUGCUGUUUCUCAUCUGACAUAGUAGGGGCGCGGGGCCUCUCCGACGGCGCGCAGUGUCAGAUUGAGCGCCGGGUAGUGACGUGACACCCGGCGCUCUAAAGCGGAAUGGGACGGGGUGGCGAUCCCCUUUCCCAGUGUACAGUGCGUGCGGUUCUCACGGAGCCACACGCUGCCUGUGGGCAGAGGAAAUGCAGGCCGAGGCAGGCACAAAAAUCGCAUGUCAGUCUGACAAGUGAUUUUUGCGCACUCCUGAUUGGUUGGGCUGUGGGUCGCAAUGAAAGUCAUUGUGGGCCGCGAGUUUGACAUCCUUGGUAUAAAUGUAUAUUUAAAAAAAAAUGCUGCUUUCUUUAUGCAGAGACUCAGUUUGAGCUACCUAACAUUUAGUCCAUGACAAAUUGCUUUCCAUGCGUAUUAUUUUGACAUAUUUAGUAUAAUACAAUCUCCUGUGAAAAUCUACUCAUUUUAUGUUUUUUAAUAUGUAUCGCUUUAACAUUUUGCUAGUUAUUGGACCACUAUUUUAUCUUAGAUCCCUUCUUACCUGCCUUGGUCAAUGGUUACUAACCCUCAAGACACACUAAACGUUCAGGUUUUGUCACUGUCCCCACUGGAGAAGAAUUGUGUAUAUCUAAAUUGAGGAGUGCUCAUGUGCCUUGAGAGUUGGAUUGACAACAACUGACGACGUCUUAUAGUUCAAUCUUUUACAUUUAAAACGGCUUUGAUUGGCGUUGCAUUAUCUUGUUUCAAAAUUGUUGCAGCUUUUGUCUGUGUAAGCUUUAUGAAAGAUAAUAAUUUUUUGAAUUUCAUAGUAAAUAUUAAAUGCAAUGCAUAAUGUGUUUUUUUUUUUUUUUUUUUUUUGGUUUUUAAAAUGCACUUGUUUCAAAAACAGAAACACCUUUAAGGAGUAUCUCUCCUGCAGCAAAUCCCCAGUUUCAGUCCAUGUAUAUUCUUUGAGCACACAGCUGUAGAGAACACCUGCUCUAGAACAGAAUUAUCAAACUCCCAUUACUCCCCAAACGACAUUGAACUACAGCUCCCAAAAUUCCCUGAAUGCAAUAAAGGGUCAGAGAAUUAUGGGAAUUGCAUUCAACUUCUUGGGGACAGUUUGACACUCCUAGUCCGUGUAAGGCAGUGAUAUGUUGUCACCUGUAGUGAGAACAUACUAUACCGAUCAUACUGGACUAGUGAGAACACACUAAUGAGCGUGCAUGUGUAGUGAGCAGCAUACUGCUGAGAUGAUCCUAUAGCACUAGUGUGCUUAUAAUGCAACAUAGCACUGCUGAGCAGUUGAAUGAGAAAACGUGCUGUAGUGAGUGUAGCUGUACUGAGCAUUCUAUUGAUGUGCGCAUGGAUGAUUGCCGAAGACCCAGGAAAUGUAAAAUGCCUUGUAUUGCUUCUUAGUCACUAUUCAUGCUUCCACUCUUCUUUGCAGGGAGUGAUACCUUAAUUUAGCUUCUCGUAGAGUCCGUAUUGUUUUGUGUAUUAUGGUUAUCUUGUUCUUUAACCUGGGAUAUUUACAUACACAAAUCAUGAGUGCAUAAUAGCCAGGAUUGCGUCCUCUGUCGUAGAAUGGGCUCUGAUGUUUUAGAGAACCUUUUUAGUAAUCUAAUAAUAAAGGACAUGAAUAAAAUGUACUAAUGAAAAGGGGGUGGGGUGGGGAAUCCUAACUUUAAAUGUUAUUUAAGGCAUGGGAUUCAUCUUGCUAUGCUUUUAUAGGGUCAGACUUAAAUAAGGUUGGUAAUAAGAUUGCUGUCCGCUUUUACAUCCUUUUUGCGUUCCGAAUGUAGAUGGCGAAGACCCCCAGUGUAACAAGACCCUUGUUCCUUCCUUUCUCCAUGUAUUGUCAAUAUUUGCAGGAAAAUGUGAAAUUUAGCAGAUGUUUGUCACCCUUAGCUUUACCAGGAAUAAUUUGCUUCCUGUGAUCUAGUGUACAUCAGGACAUUUAAUGGCUUGCUUAAAAAACCUCAAAUGUCUUUUUUUUUUUUUUUUUUACAUCAAGAAUGUUUUUUUGUAUUCUGUAUUCAUUCCUUUCCUUUGCAUAACUUCCACUUUACACAAUAUCUACAAAUAUACCAGAAAGGAGCUAUUAUAGAUGACUAUUAAUCUUAAAGUGUAGGUGACUACAAAGGGACAUUUUGUCCAGAGUGAAUAAGAAAGCAGACUAUUAUUAUUAUUAUUAUUAUUAUUAUUAUUGCCAUUUAUAUAGCGCCAAACAGAUUCCGUAGCGCUUUACAAUAUUAUGAGAGGGGGAUUUAACUAUAAAUAGGAAAAGUACAAAAAACUUACGGGAACAACAGGUUGAAGAGGACCCUUACAUUCUAUAGGAGGUGUGGUGUAAAACACAUUAGGACAUGAACUCUGUGUUCUAACUCCACUACUCCUGGGCAGCUAUCUGGAUUCUGGAUAGUGUGUAGGUAACAAUUUUGGAUUUAUUCUGUUCAUUAAGAGUGAGUUAGAAACUGAAAGUUUAUGCAGCACAGUAUUUUCAACGGUAAAAGAAAAUAUGGAUAACAUUCCGUCUCUGGUUUCAUCCAUGCCAACAUUCCUGGUGGCUCCCACGAAAAUGUGAAAAUAUUUCCCAACGUACAGCAGAUUCCUUACAUGCUUGCAGUGCCAGUGUGUUGUCUCCCACAGGUAGAACAGGCAUCUUAACGUUGUUUUGAUUUAUCAAUCAUCUGACUUUCUGUUACCCAAGCAAGUUAUGCCCAUACUCCAUUUUUGAACUGGACAUGAUAAAGAUAUAUCUCUCCCGUCAAGUUAUUUACACUCUGAUUACAUUUGGUAUGAAUUUCAGUUCAGGGUGAAUUAUUAGCUGUGACUAAGUCAGCACUCAUGAUUUUUAAAGGGACACUGCUGGCACGCAAGGUGCAAGACUGUCCGAUCUAGCCUUAUGCAAAUAUCAUGUAGAAUUUGUUUUGCAUCUGAUGCAUAGAUUUGCAAGCUAAUGCACAAAGCGGACACCUUGGCUCCACUUUUUGUCUACUGAACAAUUUAAAGGAACAAUCUAGCGUUAGAAAUACAUGGUAUUGUGACUCUCUCUACAUUAUGGACAUCCCCUCCUCCCCUUUAUUACCUAAAUUAACUAAAUUAAACCCUUUUGAUUUUGUAUCCCCUGACAGCUGGACUCACUUCAGUUGCUCCGCCUCCACUAAAUGACAUUAUCAUUACUGGUGAUAUCCGCCAAUCCAAUGGUUUUUUUUCCCAUAGGAUAUCAUUGGGAGGUUAGUGUGCAGCAAUCACCGCGCUGCGCCAAUCAGCAUCUCCUUAGAGCUAUACGUUGACUUUAUGUAUCUCUAUGGUAGUGUUUGGUGUCUCCAUGCAGCGUGGAGACACUGAACGUCGGUUUGGAAUCUUUGCAGGGCUUCAUCUAGGAAGUCCCCAUACAGGUGGCAUGAGGCAGCAAUGUAAACACACUACCUUUACUUUGAAAAGCCAGUGUUUGCACUGCGGAGACUGCAGGGUCAGUUUCUUUGCCCCAGAUCCACUACAUUAAGCUGCAGUGGUUCUGGUGCCUAGAGUGUUUAAGAUAAACCUAAAAUAAAGGCAAUAAUUCAUAUGAUAAAAUAAAACUUGUAUUGAAAGACAAAUGGGAUAAGUAGGUCUGUAUUUAACUCCCAUUUCUAGUUACUUUAUUAACUUUAUUAUGUCUAUGUGACAUUCGGACACUCAUGUUGUCCUUAAUGGAGGGUACUUUAAUGCCAUUAGAAACUGUAUAGAACAUCCCAACAUUUUGGUGUGAGCCAGGUAAAAUACCAGAGAGUCCCGAGUAUCAAACGAUAUCUCUGGCUCCCCACAGUCAGCUGGGGCAAUUUUUAGUGGCCCCGUACUGACAGGUGAACUGUACGCAAAACUCAAAUGGAGCACUGUACACAGCCAUUUUAGUAUGCCGUUGCUUUAAAUUAUGUUUGAACGAACAAGUGGCACAUAUUCUGUUGUUUUGGUUCAGAACUUGCAGAAUUGCCUCUGUCUUAUGAGGUUAAGAAAAAAAAGAAAAUACAGCAGAAUCCGUACUUAGUCUUGGAUUCAAUGUUUCCCAGUUUGCUCCUAGAAUGGAGCUUUCUGAGCAAUGCAUAGUCAAGCAGCCGUGCAUAUGCAGAAAACAAAUUUUGGGAGACUGAAUAAUUGGAGCAGAGCUGUAGUUUUUUUUUUUUGUUUGUUUUUUUAAUAUGCGGAUGGUGUAAAGCUGCUCUGUACAAUGUUUUCUUGUUUUAUUUUUCUCUCUCCAUCUCCUUUUCUAUAUAAAUUUCAUUUUUAAACUUGCAUGUGAUAAUUAUGGUUUAUAUAUUAUUGUUCUUUUAUGGGUGGCUUUAUUUUUUUUUUUCUUGACCUCGCCACUUCCUCACGUAAAUACGAUACCAAGAAAUGGAUCACAUGCACUUUUUUUUUUAUAUAUAUUUUUGUGGAAAAGAGCCACAUCCGUCAUGCAGUAAAAUCCGGUUUAGCAGAAUGCACCCCAUUAUCUUAGAUCCAUGGAAUGGCCUUUAAGUAAAUGUAGCCUCCCAGUGAAGCAUGUUCGAAAUACUAUUAUGAAGAUGAAUGUUUAUAGUAAUGUAGUGUGAUUGCACUGACGCUUACUAUCGCUCUAAGGUUACGGCUUUGGAAGCUGUAUAAAUUACAGAAGUUGAGUGAUGCUGCUUCCGUUGACCUGUGUAAAGAAUAAUUUACAUACUGGAUGUAUGCUUCAUGAAACACACUAAAGUAGUUUGUAUUCCACUAACAGAACCUUGUGACUUGUUUCACAGAUACCAGUACUAUCUCCAGAUGAGAAAGGAUGUGGCAGACGGUCGACUACGCUGUUCUGUAGAGCAAUGUAUCCAUCUAGCUGGGUUAGCUAUUCAAGGUAUUGCUCUCUUACAAAGUGUCUCUUUGUGGUCUGUACUUUUUCCAGAGUUGGCACAGGAAAAAGAAAUAGUCAAAUUUUUCCAUAUUUUUUUUUUUUUUCUACCUAAGAUAAACUCAACAGCAAAUUAUCACACCAGACCUGAGGUGCCCAUCUGAUGUCAAAACGCACUUCUUGCUUGGCACCUGCUGGCUCAUCCUGUGUAUUGUGGCAAAGAGUUAUGGGUGCAGGGGGGAAUUUUAAUCCUAGUCUUACAUUUUUCAUGCGAGACAAAGCAGAGCAAUUUAUUUGAUCCUUGUCCUAUCUAAUACAUUCAUUACUUUGCUUCAGAGUCCAUGAAAAGUGUUCUUAAGACUUGUUUUGACAAAUCUGCGUAGUCUGCCAACACAUUCUUCCAGGAUAGAAUGUCUGUGCCUGGCCUGAUGUGCCUCUUUUAUUUCAGUUUAGAAUGUUCACUGUGCGUGACUGUAUCAAAGAGCUCCACACCAUUAAAACUCAGUUAUGUGCAUCACAGUUUUGCAUAGCAGUAAAUCUCACAGUAAUGUACAAUGUCCACUGAUAUAUAAUAGUACUCCUCAGCAAUAAAACCGGUCGGUGCACUGGACUAAAUAAUGUUCCACUUUCUCUGUAGUGUUUGCUUAUGACUGUCCUUUUGACAGUCAAUCCAAAGGACUGUACAAGACAAUGCAAUGGCUUUCUAGGUCCUACCUUAAAUGGAGAUACAAUUAAUGCAUUCUCCCUAGUAUGAAAAAAAAAAACAUACUUUUCCUUAAUAAAUACACUGCCAGAAAAGGCCAUUCCUACAUUCUUAAAAGCUCAAGGCUGUAAAUUCCCAUCUUCAAGCUAUUGAAAUAAAACAUGGUCUAGUUGGGCUAAAAACUGGACUUCUUCCCAGAAGGGCUUGAUUUAUGAGUAUUUGGCAAGUAAAGCAUUUUGACAUCUCUAUGAGCUCUUAAGAGUUUCUUGGCAACUUUAUUACAGCGAACCCAUCUUUCUUCUAAUUGCAAAACACGGAGGAUCCCAGGCACCUCCUGUAUAUAAUAGAUAAUUGUGGAGUCUGUGGACUGCAGAUUACUUUUUAAACCACUUCAAAGAAAUUUUUAAACUUUAUGGAGCUGGGUGCAUAUUAGGCACAAUGUUCUCAGCCUAAACACUUUUAAUUGUUAUUUACAUUGGACUUCCACAGUAUAUGAUCAUCUCAUGUAUAGGAAACCUAUUUACUUGUAUUUAGCACAAACUUUCUAGUCCAGAAUCUCAGCUUCCUGUCCCUCCAAGAUGUUGAUGGCCUACAACUCCCAGAAAUCUCUGAUUGCAAUAGAUGGCAAAAUAUUAAUGGGGGUUGUAGUUCUCCAUCAUCUGAAGCAUCCGUGUUUUGGUCACUAAAUGCUUAGUGUUAGAAUUCAUGGAUACAACUUCAAAAACAUGUACCAUGAUAGUCCAAAUGUACCUGAAUUCCAAGCCCAGCUCUGAGAGCCCUAUAGUGCCGAGGUUCUAUAGUGUAAAAUGCAAGUAUGUGAAAUACUAAAUGGAGAAGGGAUUCAGAGGAUGCUACAUGGCAGAGUUCAUGCUGAAUUCAGCUGUAACUUUGAAUUUCCAUUUAAAUCACAGGAGUUACUAGUGGAUUGAAUUUUAGUGUUGUUGGCAGCUUAGUAAUUGCUUCAUUUUUCGAGUAAUCUUACUCGUGCUGAGUUUGAAUGUACCUGGUGUAGCUUUAAUGUAAAUAUGCCACCUGAGUCUAGCAGCCCCUGGUGGUUGCAUCUAGAAUUGCAAAUUCUGGUGGUGCAGGCUCUCCAAUAUAUUCUGAACAGCCAUUAAAGAGUUAAAACCCUUUUUAUUCACCUACCUGAAUCCAGCACAGAGUCCCGCCAUUGUUCUUGCAAUUUGGUAACCUAAUGUGCAUGUACAGCAAGCGCCACACACCCAUUUAGGUUUUCCCCAUAGGAAAGCGUUGACUCAAUGCUUUCCUAUGGGGUUUUGCAAAAUGUCCUCAAGCACAGUGAGUUAAACUUCGUAUCACUGCAGGAAGCACAUCUAGUGGCUGUCUGGCAGACCAUCACCAAGGCUGUCUUAUCCCUGCAAUGUAAACAAAUUGUUUUACAUUGCAUGAUUAAGGAGACUGGGACACUGGUAUGACGUGGUAUAUGUGCCUAUAGUGUCCCAUUAAGACAUUUAAUACAGGUACACAACAAGACAACUGCAAGCUUUUUGAAUGUUAGUUAAUUAAUAUGAUUUGUAAUAAUACUUUUUUAUUUUAUUUUUUUUCUGUGUAGCAGAAAUAAUACAAGCUUUAUUUUAAGUUCGAUUCUCAGACUUUUCAUUUUUUAUUUUAGCGGAAUAUAAAGAUGAUAAUGUGUUUGAAUCCCAAGAGUCCAUCUUAGAGAAACGGCUGUUUCCCGUGGUAAGUGAAAAAUGCAUUUAUUUUUAAUUUAUUAUUUGUGCAUAUCAUUCAAGGGUAACUGUAUGCACAAAUAAGAAAUUGUUGAUGAUCACUGUUAAUGAUCUCCACCAAUCCCAUGCUUUCCCAUAGGCAAGACUCUGUGCCUAUCAAAUGGUCUCCUGAGACAAACGUAUUAAAAUGGCAAAGUUUUUUUACUCUAUUUUAUGGAAGCGCAAUAUGUUAGCCACUAGAGACCGGUUAAAUCUGCACUGUAAGCGUAAUGUUUUCAGCUGCAGAAUUUAAGGGGCAAGGCGGGUACAUGGCACCCAGACCGCUUCAUUGAAAUGAAGUGGACUGGGUGCCUAUAGUGUUCUUUAAGCUGUUUAGUAGAUAGCUCCCGUAACUUGGUACCCUUAUGUGGGAGUGCCCUAUUGGUAUAACAAAUUAGGACCCCAUCCAGGCCAAGAGAGGGCUAGAAAAAUGCCUUGCUAGUGUAGAAUUGGGCUAUACAGGAUUCUACCUUUUACAGAAUCCUACCACAAACAUAAAUUCUCAGAGAGGACAAAAGGUGUUCCCAUGCAGGUUCUCAUCACUUCAGGGGCAAACUAAAGCAAAUUUGAAUGUUUGGUGUCUUAAUCUGACAACAUGGAUUGAUUGUGACUCACCAUGUCUUCAAAUAACAAAAUGUGUUACAAAGGAAACUUGAGAAAAUUAAGUAUUACUCUGAAUUCUAUAGAAAGACUGAAGCAUGUAGCAAGUAACAACGUCUUAACACUGUAUUUGCCAUAGUUUGCCUUCAAACUCAUUGUGCUACAUUUAGUGUUAAAGUUACAAUCUAGUUGCUUUUCGUGAAAAAAAUAAUGUCCCUCAAAUGUCGCAUUGUUGUUGGUUGGCAAUGUGUAUGUGAGCCGUGGCUGAUAUGCCACCAGGUGAAUGAUGUUCCCUGUGGUCAGAAAAAAAGACAUCCACAUAUAGCGCAUCUACGGAUUAAGGACAUAACACUAGAAAACAUGUUUAAUAACAAAUACAUAAUUGCUGUUGCUGUCUUUAUAUAUUGUGGGAUUAUGAUUGUGUGAUAAAUAUAGUUUAAGCAAGAUGAUGGGACAGAAAGAUACAUUUGAAGUGUUUACAUGCUCAUUGUGCACAGAUAUGGAGAACAGCGCACAAAACAAGUCAGUUUCAACACCUUGUGAUUUGACACCUAAGAGAGGGUGAUCACUAAUGCUUUCUAACUCAACCCAGAUAAAACUGAGAUAGAUAUGGAAUAUCAAUCCCAGAUCUUAACCCAACUAGCAGCAUCUAAAUUAGAUCGCCAAUGCAGAAAAAUGGUAUGCAAGUUUUGCUCCUGAAAUCGAAGAAUGGGAAGAUCAGAGGUUACUUUUGAAUCCUCGUAGAAUGGUGUCAAGAAGCAUCUAAAGCUGGAUAUUGUUGACCUGUUUAUUAUCUUUGGUCAAAGACAGGACGUGGUUUAUGCAUUUUGCCUGAACUCUUCAGGAUUGUCUGGAUCGACGCCAAGUGACUUUGUAGUGUGUUGGGCGGUAUCCUCAAAUUCUGAUCUCAUGUAUUGUGCUUGGACUAUAUUGCAUAAGACAUUUUUUUUUCUUUUCUUUUCAUUGAGCCACUUAUUUCCAAAUGACUCUUACUUUCAUCUGAGACUACUGAACUUUUUUUUUUUUUUUUUUUUUUUUUUUUUUUUUUUAAAGAUAAUUCCGCAACAUUGUGCAAGACUUUAGUUUAGUAGAAAUCUUAUUUUUGGGGCUGUAUUCUGCAUGUCAUAAUUUUCGAGUUGUGCAGACUUGUUUCAAAUUUCUUUAUCAAGGAGAUUAUUAUUUUUAUCCUGCAUACUAUUGUGACAAAAGUAAAUACUAUUACAGAGACUCUCUGUGGUAUUUUCUGUGAUUUAAGGUGGAGAGCAGAAACAAGCAUUACUGGACAGUAGGUACACGGAGCAGUUCUUUAUUCAGCUUCCCAUUAAAUCAUUAAGCAAGCAACUGGACAACUGAAUAUAAAGUUAAAAUGGCCGCUGACCAUAGAGUUCUCCUACAAACCGUUCCAGAGUGUCCUUCCUUAAAGUACAUACCCUCAGGGGAAGAACUAGAAAAUCUGUUGAACAAAAUACACUCGUCCCCAGGGCUUGUUUUCUGGUUUUGUCUCAUUGUGAUUGUGCAGUGUUGCUGCCUCAGUAUAGUUUAUUGCCCUAUGUGUCAGUCACACAUGGAUACACUUCAGAGGAAAUUUCAAAACCCACUGACAUUGAUCUGCAUUGCAGCAGAUUGAGAAAAUGCUUAAGGGAAGCAGAUGCUAUCUUUACCUUUUGUGAAAACCCCAGUUGACACAAGGCUGACUAGCAGUACAAGUUGACAUGGUGUCUGGUACAUUCUGUGUAAUUACACCGCAUUCCAAAUCGGAUUCUUUAGUGUUUAACCUUCAGGUAUUACAUAUACAAUAAUUGAAAGAAUGCCACAAAUUGACAUUAGUGACAUCCUUUUAUAUUUAUAUAUAUAUAUAUAUAUAUAUAUAUAUAUAUAUAUACUUUAAAAAAAAAAAAGAUCAAUAAAAUAGAUGAAAUAAGUAAAUUAUACUUGAUUUCUCAACUUUAGUAUAUUUAGAAAGGUGUGCAAGAAUCACACAGAUGCCAGUGGCAUGUGGAAUACAUACAGCAGGAAACCUAGGAAAUAAAGUUAUGGAACAUCUAGCAUUGAAUCCUGAAGACCUGUGAUUCUUUUAUUAAAACCCAACAUAUCUGUAUGUUUCCUUACUUGCGUUGGCAUUAAAUGAAAAAGAAGGCUGACCACCUCUAGUUAGAGGCCAUAACAUUUGCAAUACAGAAGUCACAGGCCCAAUAUCUUAUACGAACAUAUUAAAGAUACACUCUGAGUGAGAUACACUAUAUGCCACUAGCACACCCUUUCAAUAUGGCACAUUCUAGGUCUCUCAUGCUCCUACUCAUUACUGCUGAUACAUUUCUCAACUUUGGCACAUGCAUUCCAACACACAGACGUAUAUAAAGACAUGCUACAUACUACUACUACAUACCAACACAAAAACAACUAAAAUUGUAGCUGUCAAGAGCCCCCAACUAUUCUCCAUCCAUUAUCCAACCCAGUCAAUGUGCUUGUAGUUACAUAUCUUUACACAUGUAGACAUGCUACCCAGUUAAGUUUUUGCAUGCCUCAUCUGGGUACAUGUACAUGAAUUAAUAGGCACCCACUUAAACACCACUGUGGCGUAAGGAGUAAUGUUCAUUAGCUGGUGUCAUUGGUCAGUAUGACUAUAUAAAAUUUAGCUCUCUGAAUUGAUCUAAAGUAAUCUGAUUUCAUUUCCCUAGGCCUGGACUAAAGAUAAGGCAAUCCUGGAAGAGCUGUUUAAUAAACUGAAUAUGGAACACACAGCCUACAGGUGAGAGAGCAGUAAUGCCAAGGAUUCUUCAUCCCUGCUUGAAAUAACAUUAUUUAUGUAUUUAAGUGUUUAGGAAAAAUUACAUUUUUGUAAAAUGACCCUGUUCAUAAUGUCAUCAAGGGCCUUCAGUUUGAUUUAGUAUUCAGCGAGUCUCUGUAAACUUACCCCAUGCUGCGGCAAAAUCGGAUAUCACCAGAAUUUCUGCAGGUCCAUCCUAUUCGUAUCAUAUCAGAGCUGGUUUUCUUCUGUCACUUCACUUAAAGGGACACUAUAGGCAGCAAAACAGCUCAAGCUUAAUGUAGCAAUUUUGGUGUAUACAUCAUGCCCCUGCAGUGUCACUGCUCAAUACUCUAUUUAGGUGUUAUAUCACUUGGUUUUUGUAGCCCUAGUCACACCUCCCUGCAUGUGAUUUUGCACAGCCUUCCUAGACACUUCCUGAAACAUAAUGUAGAUAUUUUAGGUUCCUGGAUUGCAGUUGCAGUUCAAUGUUUAGUAAUUAACCCCUUAAGGACACAUGAUGUGUGACAUGUCAUGAUUCCCUUUUAUUCCAGAAGUUUGGUCCUUAAGGGGUUAAACUCCGUACCGCUGUUCUAAUUACUACAUCAAACACGGUUCCCCAUAUUUACCUUUGUCGCAGCCCAGUUCUCAACAGUGUUUCAUAGAAUUAAUACCACAAGUUUCUCACUCCAAAACAAAAUAUUUAGGGAUUUAUUUUUUUUAGGUCAAAAUCUCUGAAUACGGAGAAUAGAAGAAAAUUCUGUUCAACAGUGUCUUUCAAUCUCUGAUAUUAUGACCUUCAUAAAUUAAUUCUUUGCGUUUCUCAGUUUGCAGAAUGAAACCCAGUUGCCCUCCAUAGUCCAGUAAUGUCUAUUCCAUGGUGGUAUCGAUUCUUUGCAUUAAUAAUUUUCUGUUUGUUUCAUUUAUAGUGCUUUGUCACCCGAAGAGGCUGAACUCCUGUACAUUAAAGUGGUCGAGCAUCUUGAUGGCUACGGCCAGGAAUGUUUUCAUGUGAAGGUAUGAGAUUAAAGGGCACCUACAGUCCAUAAAAUAAUCUUUUUUAUUUUAUAAAAUUUUUUUUUUUUUUUUAAGUACUAUUUGUAUCCUGCCAUUAGUGUCCACCCCCACUCUGUGUGAAAAUGCAAAGUUAAUCUAUUUAAUUACCUUGUUUCCAUCACCCACUCUGCCUCUCUUUUCAUUGGCAAGCAUGCUGACGUCUUCUGUCUUCUCAUCCAAUCCAAUGCUUCUCAUAGAUGAAAAGCACUGCACUUCUCCAAUCAAGAACCAUUAGAGGAUGUGAAUGGUCAGAACAGAGUCUGACUCCUUUCUCACAGGGAAAGCACCAUCUAGUGGCUGCCAGGGAGAGAACCAGUAGAGGGUUUUUGUUUUUUUCUAGUCCUGCAAUUAAAACAUUUCCGUAUCUACAAAACAGCAAUGUUGUACAUUGCACAACCAAAACGGCAGGACCAUUGCAUCCAGACAGCUUCAUUAAGAUGAUGUGGUCUUUUAAAGUGACUAAUGCUUCAAACAACUUAGCAGCAUGCUUUAUAUUCUAUAAUUCUAACCGGUUUCUGCUGAUGUAUUUCACAGGAAACAGCACAGUUUGAAAGCAAUUAUGUUAUAUUCUACUUCUGUGGCUCUAGAAAAAAAAUGUAUAUAGGUAAAAGCAAAAAACCUAUUCUAAUUGAUUAGCAGAGCGGUGGGAUAGCUCAGUGGGCUAAUGCAUCAUCAGCAGAAUCGGACGUACUUAAAAACCAGAGUAAUCUGAUUGUACUUUUCCUGGUUAAAUACUUUGUUAUAAUAAUUAUUUGCCUGGAGCUGAACAAUUAAUACAUUUUUUAUGUAUUUUUUUUAUUUCCAAAGUACCGUUAGAGAAACAGAAAUGUGGAUGUUUAUAUUUUGUUUUAUAAUGCUGCCUCCCUGUGUUCAGGUUUGGAAUUACAAUUAUUUUUUUUUUUUAGACGUCUCAGUAAAUCAUAGAAGAUUAAAAAACAAGUUUAAAUCCAUUUUUAAAAAGUCAUACAAAACCAUUAAAAAAAAAAGACCCCCCACCAUUCAACCUAUUUGAAUACGCACAAGCAGACUUUAUUCUGCGUAAAUUGCUGGUUUCACAGAAAAAAACAAAAAAACCUCUCUCGCCCCCCCUCACCUCCCCACCCCAAAAAAAUGAAAACAGCCAGAAUAUUUUAGUAAUUUUGUAGACACUCCUUCAGAUAGUACAAACAUACAAAAUUAAGGCCUGCGCUCAAACUUCCACUACUCCUUGGUGGUAGCAAUGACUAUAGUUCACAUCAGCCCCAAUACAUACAAUAAAAAAAACAAAAAAAAAAGUUACUUGCGCACUAUUCCUGGAGGUUUUUUGUUUUUUUUGUUUUGUUUUUGUUUUUUGUUUUUUUAUCGUUCCAAUGGCCAUUUAAGUGUAAUCUCCCCUUAAAAAGGAAAUUGAGGACUUAUUACUGUGAUGGCUCAUCUUGACACUAAGUUUGUCAAGUACAUUUCCCAUAAAAAGCAACCACUUGCUUUAGAUAUCGGUAAUUAAAUUGAAUAAAUAUAAAAUGCAACCCAGCAAAGGCCAAGAGAGAGAGAGCUCCCCAGCUGUUGUUAAAAGAGCACCUCCCAUGAGUUCUCUGCCCAUCCGAUUCUUACUCUGAAUAAGUGUUGACGCUAAACCAUGAAAUACUGUUUUUGACUAUUCACUUUUACCCUUUCAGUUGUUUGUGAGAUUUUAACAUUUUCAUUCAUAUUUACGGCUUGUUUUUAGGACAGUCAUGGAAAUGAUAUAAACCUUUGUAUCUUUUUCGUGGGGAUCUUUGUGACUGACAAUACUGGACAAACAACAGCCAUUUACAGGUAAAUCUUACCAUAUUUACGUUGGGAAACCUACUAACUAGUUAAGGCCUCAAUUAAAUAUUUUUUUGUAAGCUCUUAAAAUUAUCUAAUAUUUUUAGGUACAUUUUGAAUAUGAUUUAAUAUUUUGAAAAAUAUUAAAUUUUUUGAUUACUUUUAUAGAUUUUUGAAUAUAUAUAUCUUUAUUUUUUUUUAUAUUUAAAAAAAAAAUAAUUUAAAAAGAUUAUCCCAAAAAUAUUACAUUUAAAAAUAAUAUAAUCAAGAGGAAAACAAAUCUACUUAUUGCAUUUUACAAAGGGAACAUAUUCUGCAGCGCUGUACAAUUAUACAAUAAGGAUAUAGAACUGCAAAAAAAUGUCAAUAGAUAAAAAAGUUAAAGAGGACCCUGAAUGAUUGACUGUCCGAAAUCAAUAUAGUAAAUUUAAUUGCACUACUCUGGAUUCAUAUUUUCAUUCACUAUUUUUCAAUGAAUUAUAGAAUAAAAUCACAUUACCCUGUGUUUAUUCAUCUAUUCCUGUUACUGCAAUGUGUAUUAGAAAAAGCAAAAGUAGCAGUUAAUUAUUAAUAAUUUUUGUUUUUAAAUGACUUUCCAAAUGAUAUAUCUAUACAAGUCGCCAUCAAUGUCUUUUAGAAUUCUCGUAGCUAAAUUGUUCGUCUUUCUAACAGUAUGGAAUUAUUUGGAAAGCUUAAUUAAUCGAGGCCAUGGUAACUUGGCAAAGGAUCUCGAAUUGUGGGUUUCUGUAGGAAAACUGUGUAAUUACUCUGAUCUAAUGAAAUGUACUUCUAUAUCAAUAUCAGAACAAAGAAUAGUAAGGAGAUAAUUGUUGGUUUAUAAACAACAUGAGAAGUUUAAAAUUAUAUAAAAAGUAUAAUGUUUAAAAGUUCUUUUGCUCAAUCACAGGGGUGAGCUGGAUAUAAAUCCAUGUUUCGCCCAAUUAGCGAGACGGACUGGUUACCAUCCAGUAAAAAUGAUAUGCAUUUAUAGAAUACACAAGGUUUUAAAUUUGACUGUUUGGCUAAUUAAGAAAUUACCACAUAUACCAUCCCUGUAUUUUCUCUUCUUGUUUGGUGAAAAGGAUAAAUCUGAUAAAACGCACAGACCGUACUCAGCAUCUCUAGCAGUGAUCAAAAGGCAGGAAAAGUGCAACGAAACCUCUACUUGAGAAUGAACUGUGAGAAUGUAGAAUGUUUUUUUUUUGCCAGCCUAAUGUAGAAUCUUGUCUGUAGGUGGAAUGAUAUUGGAAAUAUCACCCACAACAAGUCUGCAAUUGUACUGGAGCUGACGAGGAAAGAAGAAUCUCCUCUUUUUCACACGGUAGGGGAAUAUCUAUUACACAAUUACAAAGUCUUGAACUGAAAUAAAGUACAAAUUUCUUGAGUUACGACUGCCAAUUGGUCUAACCCUUUGUUUUUUUUCAUUUCCUUAGGAAUGACUCCAUUUUUAAAUACUGCCUUAGGUUUUGUGACUGCAUUAACCCUUGAACCUCUUUACCGAUAGGCAUUUUAUUACACAAUUCUAAUUACAUUUAAAAAAAAAUGUUUUGUUUAUUAUUUAACCUAAAAAUCAUUGUUUAGCAGAUGUACCCAAUGAAAACAUGCAUGCAUUGUAAGGGGACAGGUUGCAGUGUACCCAGACCAAUUCAAUGAGAUGAAGUGAUCUGGGUGCCUAUAGUGUCCUUUUUAAGCAUUUUACCAUUGGGGUAUUUAAAAAAAGAAAAACGUUGAAAAAGCUGCAGCCUUUGCAAGAACUCCCCUUCUAACCCCACUCAGACUUUCUGUGGCUGUCCAAUCACAGAAGGCAGGUGCUCUGAGCAAUUGCUGCCUAUUGAGCUCCACUGAGCUAAACAAACCAGAAAGUAACAGGAUCUGUUGUCUGUUUGAUAACCAGGGUAACAAGGUUAUUUAUAAAAGUGCCAAUUUCUAUUGAAACCUGCACUUCUUGUUUGUAAAAUGAAGACCUACAAAGUAAGAUGAAGUGCUUUAGAGUUCUGAAGUUUCCAUUUAAGCCACACUCUAUACAUUAUUCAGUUUUAGAUGCUAACUGGUUGUCCAAGGCCCAAUAAAGUAGGAUUAUUAUUAUGUUAUUGUUUAUAUAGCGCCAACAAACUCCACAGCGCUUUAAAGUGGGUGGACAAACAGACAUGUAGUUGUAACCAGACAAGUUGGACACACAGGAACAGAGGGGUUGAGGGCCUUACUCAAUGUGCUUACAUGCUUAGAGGGAGUGGGGUAAAGUGACACAAAAAGUAAGGAUAGUAUUAGACUAAUGACAGCUCCAAGAGAGGAAUCAGUCGGGAGUUAACAGUUUAAUUGAUACACUUUUAUGAAGAAGUGGGUUUUUAAUGAGUUUUUGAAGGAGUGGAGACUGGGUGAGCAUCUAACGGAGGAGGGAAGCGAGUUCCACAGGAACGGUGCAGCCCUCGAGAAAUCUUGAAGGCGAGCAUCAGAGGUGGGAGUACGGACAGAAGAUAGACGCAAGUCUUCAGCAGGGCGUAAGGGCCUAGACGGGACAUACUUGUGUAUUAGGAAGGAUAGAUAGGUGGGAGCAGCAUUAUGGAGCAUUCCAGGAAAGCCGGUGUAAUGGAACAAAACCACCCAUAAAUGAACUAUAUCGUGUACAAUUGAUGCACAAGAUCACUUGUGAAGUGUGACGAACCUCGCAAUGUAGCAGAGUUUAGGUUAAAUAAAAUCCAAUCAAGAAGCCAAAUCUGCCUUACAGUUGGGUAAAUGGAAAACCAAUCGAAUAAUUAGGUGAGAGAACAAUUGUUUUUUGCUCCCACCCCCACAACGUAAUUUAUUAAAUCUGUUAAUAUAUGGCGCUUUUUUUUUUUUUUUUUUAAAGCAACACAGUGGGUUUAUUCAUCUUUUUUGGUUCUUUUACCUACAAAAAUGUAUUCUUUUUCACUUUUAUAUUACCUGCCACUAUAAAUUUGGCAUUAUUUUCUGAAACAAUUGUGGAAUUUUGGCAGAGAUUGCUGACUCUUUUUAGGUUAUUUUUACAACAAUUUAAAUAAAAAUGUGAACAGAUUAGACCAUACAUAAAAUACAUUUUUCAGCUCAGUUUAAUAAAUGUCCUCAAAUUUUGCACUACUUCAACUACUUUAUGACAAGGUAUUGGGCAAAUAUAAUUCUAUCAGUCCUGAUAUGUCCUCUGUCAUAAAGGGGUUAAAGGGAGAGAGUAAGCACACUUAUUAAAAUGUGUUGAUUACACAGAUUUAUUUGUCCAGUCUUCCAAAUGAAAAAAAUGACUUGGCAGAUACGAGUAAGUUAUCUUCUCGUGUUAGAGUGCACUAUAAUAAAUCACAUCUGGCCUCACACAACGAGCUGAAACAUUUCUGUUAUUUGCCUGUGGUAAUUAUCUGAGACACAACAAGUAUAGACACAUUGGUGUUAAACAAGCCAUCUGGCAGAAUUCUAAUACACCUUGAAGGAUGUCUGACACUUCUACCUGUUAAGUUGUUUAUGUUGGCUUAGUGCAUUGCUGUUCUCUUUACAAACAGAAACCCGAGGUUUGAGACACUGUUGAUUUUGUGUGUUUGUGUGUUUCAGGAUGAUGUUGAAAACAGUAAAUAUAUAUCUCGAUUGUUUGCUACGAGGCUUAAGUUUUACAAAGGCAACAAAAUAUGCACAGAGUAAGUGGCAUGCAAUGUGCACAACAGAUAUACAUUGUACAAUGUUUCAAACUUUGUUUUCAUGUAUUCGUUCUAUUUAUGUCUGUCCACAUAUAGUAUGCGUCAUUUUCACAUGAGUAAGUUUAACAGGAGAAAUGUUGUCUUGAAGGCAGUGGGAGAAAUUUAAAGAAAUACUCAGAGCACAAUAACAGCUACAGCAAGUUGUAUUGGUCGUGGUGUCAGGAGUGCCCUGGUACCCCCCAGCGUAAGCAGGCAAACCAUUUUGUAAUUGACUGACUUUUUAAACUGUGGUCUUCUGGGCAUCACCCCAUGCCUCAAUGGGAGUCUUGGCAGUGCAGGGAUUAGCUCAUUGGCUUAGAGCAGGGCUGCCAAACAGGUAGAUCCCCAGAUGUUGUAGAACUAAAAUUCCCAUGAUACUUUGCAUGCUUUUAUAAUGCAUUUAGAAUGACAAAGCAUCAUGAGAGUUGUAGUUCUACAACAUCUGGACAUCUACCUAUUGGGCAGCCCUGAUUUACAUGAUGUGAGUGUCCCUUUAAAGUGAAUACGCAUCUUGAUCUAAUCCUUCACCUUUAAUCGCCCUAAGAAUAUCCGUUUCUGCUGCUGUUAGAAGGUUGCAUUAGCAAGACUUGUUUUAACGACAACUACAAAAAACCUUUAAUAAAAUAGUAAUCAUAUGGGUAAACCAAAAAUCGUACAUACUUGCAUGUUUUAAUUUGGAUCAGAUUUUGUAGCCUUUAUUUUAUAUUAUUUUACAUGGCUCCAGUCUACAAUUUGUAGUACAUGUUACAAAACAUGUAAACACAUAGUUCACUUUUAUAUUUAACAGGCAAUCGAUAACUCCUCCUGUGGUCAGACGCCGGCACACCUGGAACAGGUCCUCCUCGGUAUGUGCAAUGUUUUCUCCUAUUGAAGGUGGUUUCCUCAUUAAUGGAGAUAAUAUUAAAGCUGUUUUUGCUUUAUUUCUCACACUAUUGUAGUCACGGCAGCAGCCAGUACUUCCUCAAAGACAUAUUCAUAGCAGCGAGAUAUACAUCUCAGAAGGUAAGUGCUAGUACUCAUGUUUCCUGAUUUAAACUGUACUUUAAUAGUACCACUGUGAAUUUGUGUGGGUGUAAAUGUGUUUGAAUAUAUAUCAGAAUUCAUUGCAGACAUAAUUAUAUACAUGUGCUUCUGUAUGUGUAUAUAUAAUAUAAAUAUAUUCUAUGACUACCAAUACAGUAAACAAACAGGAACAACCGUAACAAAUGCAGAUGUCAACAAAAAAGUGGUCUUUCAUUUCUGGAAGAUUUUUUUUUUUUAAUGCAAUUUAUUUAUUUUAAUUAUUUGGUUUGCUGAUGCAUUAAAUAAUUAUGAAAGGAACGUUCCAUUCCUCUAAAGCACCUUUAGACUUGUUUGAGAAAAGUUCGUUUUUAAAAAAAAAAAAAAUCCCCUCAGUAACACCUCCCAGGUUCCCUGUCUCACUCAUGAAGUGAGUGCAUCUAAUAUAGAAGCAUUGGUUUGUUUCUAUGUUACUCUCUGAGAAGCUUUGUUGGUGUAUCCAAUGCUUCUGUAAGAGUAGCCUCUGAUUGGACACAAGUCAUCAAUAGCCAUGGCCUGAUGCUGCAGUGAGGAGACUUUCCCAAUACAGGAAGGAAUAAUGUAAGUUUAACGGAUGUUUACGGUUUCAGUGCUGCAUUGAGGGGAGGGUUAUUAAUCUAAAAAAUUUAAGGAACAGUCCAAUAAAAAAUGUCUGCUCUACCUCCAUUGAUGUCUUUCUAAUCCAAUUAAAUACUUCUCAUAGAGGUGCAUUGGGGAUGAGAAAUGCAUGUGCAGCGAGCGCCACAUUUCUCCAGUCGAAUGCUUCUCAUAGGGAAGAGUUGAAUCCAGUUCUUCCCUAUAGUAUGCGAUAGAGGACAUUCAAUGUUCUCAUGCAAUGCGUGAAAACAUUGAAUAAUACAUUACCAGUCUGACUUGGUUGUAGCACCGGGAGCACCCUCUAGUGGCUGUCAGGAAGACAGUCAGUAGAGGUAUGUUUAGCCCUGCAUUGUAAACAUUGCCGUAUCUACAAAACCGAACCUAAACAGGGCAACUGCACCCACAUAACCUGGUCUAGGUGCCUAUAAGUGACUCAAAUGUACAACAGAUUUACAUUACAGAUUUUGAUAUAGAUUUGAUUUCAUCAAUUAAUUCAGAAAAACUGCAAUUGUUGUUUAUUUUUCGUUUAUCUUCCAGACAAUAUUUUCCAUAUAAAUGAGGACCCAGUGAGUUACAGACCGAUUUCGCAGACAAGUUUAGAUGGAUAUCCAGAAAUUAAUGGGACUGUAUUGAAUGGAAGUGUUUCCAGUGCUCAUAGCAUAAACUCUCUUAACCAUUCACAAAGUAUCACCCAGGCUUCUCCACGGACAUCAAACGUUAGUAUCACAGCAAGUGACCUCAUGGCACUAGAUUACCUCACAAAGAUGCGCCAUAGUGCAACGGUUGUGCCGUCUUACAGGCCAACACCUGAAUAUGAGACUGUAAUGAGGCAAAAGAAUAGAGGCAUUCUUCCCCCUGAUGGCCAGAAUCAAUCUUUAAGAAAUCUCAACCUUGGAAACGCACAUGCUUACAGGCCAUGUGACAGUUUGGUUUAUGGUCAGUCUGAAUUUCCAGAAAGACCCCAUUACAUGGUUCUCUACGGACCGCAUGCUACUUAUGGAAAUAAAGUUCUGAAUCCAACUGAACGCAUUCUCCAUGGUGUGGCUUCCAACCAGGAAAAUAUUAAAUCCAUAUCGCACACAGUCAGUACACCAGAGUUGGCUAAUGUGUUACCGCAACCCACGCAAGGUUUCACGGCUUCUCGUAAACUAAGAAAUAGGUCUUCUCUGCCCCCACCUCACUACUCACAACCACGACCAGCUAGUAGCACUCCAGACUUGGCAAGUCAUCGCCAUAAAUAUGUUAGUGGCAGCAGCCCAGACUUGGUGACCAGAAAGGUACAGCAAUCUGUUAAAACAUUCCAGGAGGACAGUGCUCCAGUGGCACGUCAGUCUUUUCAAGAGGUCAGUGAACUAUUAAUGAGACCCACCCAUCGACCCACUGUGAAAAAACGCCACAGUUUGGAAGUUAUUAACAGCAUGGUAUGUGGCAUGGAAGCUAUGGCAAUAAAUUCACUAAAUGCACCACUGCCCCGAAGGAAUACAUUACGAGAGUUGGUGCACACCGAGGAGACCAUGCAGAAGGACCAGGAUGUUCAUCAACUUCCAUUGUAUCAUCACAAAAAAAAUAUUUCUGAUGCCACAAUGUUGAUACACAGCAGCGAGAGUGAAGAAGAGGAAGAAGUAGCUGCUCACAAUCCUGUACCCCAUGCUUCAUCUACAAAUAGAAUGUCUUACAGCUAUCAGCUACAAGCUGCCCUAGCCAGAAUGCCAAAUAAACCCCCUCCAGAAUAUCCAGGUCCAAGAAAAAGUAUAAGCAACGGAGCUUUAAGACAUGAUUCUUCAUGUCUCUAUGCUGCGAUAGCUAGAACCAAGGCAACAUGCCAAAGGACAUCACAGACUGCCUCUGUUUCUAGAAAUGAACAGGCAACAAUAAAUGGGGCUUCUCUUGGGCCAUCUAUCUCGGAACCUGAUCUUACCAGUGUCAAGGAGAGGGUCAGAAAGGAACCAGUUAAGGAAAGGCCUGUAUCGGAAAUGUUUUCAAUAGAGGAUACGAUUGUAGAAAAGGAAAUCAUGUUAAGAGUAAGUAUAUAUAAAAUUGUGCAAUAAUCAUGGAAUUUCAUGUAAAAAUUUGAAUUUAAAUACAUUUAUUAGAGAAGACAAAUCGUAUCUGCAGAUAAAUGUAUUAAAUAUGCUAAUUUAAUUUUUAUUUUAUUUUUUUUAUUAUUGCUAUCGAGGAUGGAAUACUGAGAGAAUCUUUAGGUUAGAACCUAUAAAAGUUGCCAUUAUUCAUGUUGUAUACAUUCUUGAUAAUUUCUUAAAAUUUAUAUUUAUUACAAUAAAUGUUUGAUCUAUUUUUAUUUACACGGAUUGUGAAGAUGAGAGAAAUUUAUUGUCAAAUUUUAGACUGGACAUGAAGAUAUAUAGAAUGAUACGCAUUGUGUCUGUGAAACAAAAGUAAAAAAAAAAGAUUCCAUCUGUAUUUUAAACUUUAUUUGAGCUUGAUUCUUCUUGCUUUCUAUGAAAGGUCUGUUUAAAUUCAUUAAAAGAUGCUGUAAAUAAAGGACCAAAACCUGUAUUAAUUGUCAGCGGCAGCAUUCCUUGGCUUUUGGAUUUGUUGAUUUGAAGAUUAAAAACAUUCCAAUAUUUGCUGGCAUAACUAACGUAGAUGAAAACAUGUGUUUUCUUGCCAAAAGAAUUUAGAAAGGGAUAAGAUGGCAGGAUUGGAGGCUCAGAAGAGGCCCUUGAUGUUGGCAGCGUUGAAUGGACUCUCUGUUUCCAGAUUUCCUAUGCUUGAGGCACGGCAGGAGGAAUCUGCGAAGAUGCCAGUGGAUGAGAGGGUAAGAUUAGUCUCUACUCAGCACUGUUGAUAUUAUUUUGUGUCUUAACCAGUUGAGUGCCAAAAAGGUGGUGAAAUCUAUUGCAAAGCAAUGUGCCCACUGGCAUGAACACAGAUGUGCUUUUAUGGUAUGCCAAAUAAACACUUUGAGUGCUGGAGGGAGACAAUGCAGAGCCAGGCACACCAAAUAAAGGUUAAAUUAUCAGUCAAAUUGACAUUUUUGUGUUUCAGUUUGGUUUUUAUGUGAAUCUAUUUCAAAGAGAAAUUGUUUUUCUGUUUUUUUAUUUUAUUUAUUUUUUAUUUAUUUUGUAAUCCCCAGUUAAUUGUGAUUUUAAUAACAAUACAAUACUUUGUAAAUAUAUCCGGCUUUGACCGGAAAGGCACAAUAUUUUUGUUCCCUGUACUACUGUUGAGUGUUUGCUUAUUUGUGUCCCACUUUUGGGGGGCAACAAAAAAAUGCCCCAUGUAAAGUGCCUGAAAGAGCAUCAUUAAACAUGCCCAAGCUGUGAUAAAAUGGCUUUUCUGUCCCUAUGAGUAUGCUUCAAGAGCCUGUUUCACGUGGGUAACCCCAAGACUAGCAUGCACAUGUGUCGGCAGCAUUUUUCUCUAUCUCUUUAUGAGUCACUGAUAUGCCCCUACACUCUCACGUCCUUCCUUUUCCUCUUUCUUACAUACAGAGAAAUACAAGGAGAAUAUUAUAUGGCUACUCAUUAAAUUUAAGUGAAAGUAUAAGGUGUGUGUAUAUGUAUAUAUAUUUAUUUAUGGCCAGGUACCAUAAUGAGUAAUAAUGCAUGGCCAGGAGGCAGUAAAGCGUGAUUGGUUACCAAAUACAUAGUCUUUAAUGUGAGGAAAAAAAACUGAUUGAUUGAAAUAGAAGUCCGCUAAACUAAAGUCAGUGUCUAAAUGCGUGUUUGUAAUACAUGUAUAGUGUGUGUGUGUGUGUGUGUGUGUGUGUGUGUGUGUGUGUAUAUACGUGUAAAAUAAGGUCCACUCACAGGUCUUCAACUGCAUGGUUUUAAUGGUGAUAAUUAUUUCAAAAACAUAUGGAUUAACAUUUCAAGUGAUUUUUUUCAAGAUAUGUUUAACGCAGUUUGCCCCAGGCACAGGCUGGAUUUCCCCUUAGGCACAGUAGACCACCGGGGGAACCUGUUUUUUUUUCAGCACUUACAAUGUGACUUUUCGAGCUUAAAGGGACACUAUAGUCACCAGAACCACUACAGCUUAAUGUAGUAAAGUUUAGAAACAUAAAUGCUGCCUUUUCAGCUAUAUAUAUUGUUAAUUAUUUUUUUUGUUGUUCGGUAGAUACUUUCUUCUUUAUCAUCUAUAUAUGCCACUUUCUAUGUGUCUUAUUUAGUACAAGUUCUUAAGAAAGAAACUGGAGGAGGGGACAGUAUUUACAGAAUACGAGCAAAUUCCAAGAAGAAAGGCAGAUGGUGUUUUUACCACUGCGAUAUUGCCAGAAAAUCUAGAACGUAAUCGUAUCCGUGAAGUUGUUCCUUAUGAAGAAAACAGAGUAGAACUUUCGCCAACCAAUGAAAACCGUACCGGGUACAUCAAUGCAUCACAUAUAAAGGUAACAUUCCAAGUAUUUAAUGUAAAGAAAUUCACAGCAGCAGGUGUUAACAUCACGCGUUGGGUGCAUUUUGUUAAGAUUUAUACUGCAAUUAUCAAAGGGACAAAUGUGCUGUACCAUUCUGUACAGAAAUGUACAAAAUGUAGAAAUGUAUUAAUUCAUUUCAGCCCAUCCCAAAUAAGUAAUAGAUUUAUUUAACAAAAUAAAACAAAAAUUGUGUACCUCUAAGGGAAACUAGUCAUGGAAUGAAAAAUCAAUGUUUCUUAUCUCGUAAGGUGCCGUGGAUGAUCCAGACAAAAUUGGUUUAAAAAAAUGAAAUAAGUUGUAUUAAAAAUGAACAUCUAAUAAAAAGCGAAAAAUAAAUAAAUACAAUUUUAGAAAACACACGAAUUGCUAAAAGUGCUCAUGUACAUUGCUUGUGGUGUAUCUCUGCAGGUAUGUGAUAGAUAUACAAAAUAUACUUAUUAUGGACACUAGAAGGUGUGAACAACACAACUCAGAUUCAAACGUCUUAACUAAGUGGCUUCACAAUUGUUAGUACAGAACAAAUUAAAUCCACAAUCCUAAUUCAAUGUGUUGUCAGCAUACACAUCUGUAUAUCAGACAACUUAGUUAUAGGCACUGAAUUAGCUACAUAUAGUUUGAGGAUAAUAAUGUGGGUUACACUUCCAUGUGCAUAGUACCUGGGACCAAAAUAAUGGGGGGGAAAACACUUGACUGAUAUUCAGAGUAGUAUAGACAGCGAGAUAAGAUCUAUGGUACUAUGGAUCCAAAAAAAACAUAUUCGAUGUUCUAUUACUUUGUCUAAUCUGAAAUAAAUGCUAAAUAAUCCCUCCUCCUCCCCCCCCCCCUGCCCACUGUGCCUCGCGGGCACCUAUGUCUGCUUCCCAGACUAGGCUGAAUACACUUCGAAUAAACCCUAGGUAAGUGUGAUCACUUUAGUGAAGAAAGUGCAUUAAACAUAAUGCGAUAGAGUAGUCAUAACUGCACAUCAGAGUGCUGUCUACUGAAGUAUAGUAAGACGCAGUCAGGACCCCUGAUGCACGCGUUUCGCCCGACCUGGCUCAUCAAAGGGGACUCUAGUUUUUUUCAAUUUUUUAAACCAAUUUUGUCUGAAUCAUCCACGGCACCUUACGAGAUGAGCUAAACCUAUUGCUUUUUCAUUCCAUGACUAGUUUCCCUUAGAGGGACACACUUUUUGGUUUAUUUUGUUCAAUUUCUCCCUUGGAGUUACCCCCCACUACUAGUGUACCCCUUAGAACUAUUGGCUCGAAUUUAUUUUUAUUUUCCUAAUAGAUUUUUUUUUAUUUUGAAUAUUUACAAUCUUAGAAGAGAGAGCCAUCUACACAAAUGUUGGCAACAACUUCCAGUUUGUGGCUACAACAUAUAUUGGUAUGGUAAAAAAGAAUAGAAGCUUGCAUUAAACCAUACUUUGAGGAUGAAAUAAAAUGACAAAAUAAAUUGGCUUACAUUUAUUUCAUUUUCCUAUGCAUGACUGGUCGGUCAUGGAUCUUUUCUCUUGCAUAUGCAUUUUGUUUCCAACGCCAUUUACUGCACAUUGUGCAGGUCUGCCAUUAUUGAUUGACGGCUCACAUAAAUGGGAAGUGUUACAUGCUAAAAAGGCUUGCGCAGGAUGCCAUGCAAACUGAAUAAUGAGUCAUCUUACAGUAUGAACAGGUUGGUGUCAACUGCCUGCCACAGGUUUAGUGUUUUGUUCAGUUUUAUAUAUCGUUGUAUCUGGCUUACUCCAAAGACAGAUGUAUUUUGUUGUUGAAUAUUGUCAAAUGAAAAAAUACUCUAUUAUGGCUGCACCUGUAAUCAAGUGAAGUUGCCCUUGUAUGUGGGAUGGGGGUAACUGGCUGGCUUAUAUACAGUUAAAAUUAGUCUUCCUUAUAUGAAUAAUGCCAAACCUAAAAUCAUGGCUGCAACAACAAAAAACAUGACUGACAUACAUGCAGAGUAUAUAUUCGGCAUACAAGUGAAGCAUUGAAGACUGAGCAUCAUGGGGCAUGUAGUUCACAAACCUUUGUAGUGCCCUGGCCAGCUAUUACAGAUUUAAAACUGUCGAACUUGAUGUAAGCUCAUUGAACAGGGCCCUCAACCCCUCUGUUCCUGUGCGUCCAUUUGUCUGGUUACAACUACAUGUAUGUUACUCCACCCUUUGUACAGCGCUACGGAAUUUGCUGGUGCUAUAUAAAUAAUAAAAUAAUAUUUAAUCCACCCAUAAACACAGGACUGCUAGCUCUUUUUUUGGAAAGGUUUUUAAUCUAUAGGAACAGUAUAAACAAUAUACAAGUUGUUGGGCCCCUGGAGGUUUUGACUUGAGCCCAGUUUUAACUUGUCUUUCAACAUCAAAGAAUUUGGCUCAUAAUGACAUAUAGGUUUAACCACAAGAAUGCAUUCUCUCUACAGUAUUAGCAGUGCAUCAAAUAGCAAUCCAAAGUAAACACUGACUGUUUAGUGUAGAGUAACUAUUAAAAGUUAAAUAAUUGUUCAGAAUAUCAACAUUUUUAGCUGUUAAAUAACAUUCCUGGCAACAUAACCUAAUUGAAAUAAAGUUGUUAUAGUGUGAGAAGGUCCUUGUGUUGGCCUGCCUCAAGGGGUUAAGCUAUUAAUGAACCAUUUAACCCCACAGUCUUUGAAUCCGGUUCCCAAUAUCUCUGCUUAGCUAUUUACGCCGCAGUCCGAUGCUUCCUGAUUCAAGUGGUGCACAGGGACCUCUGUGCAUGAUACUAAUUUCAUUACAAUGAAGUUGUUACGGUAGCUGGAGUGUCCCUUUAAAACUCUAAAUGAUUUUCUAAAUGGCGAAUCCAAAAUAAGUGGUUAAAUUAAAAUUUGCCAAUAUUGUCUAAAAUUGACCUAUAUUGAUCCAAAUCAUGGAGCCAGGCAGAACUAGCUUUCUUGUAAUUCUAACAUAUUAUGCAAGAUAACCGUCCAACAUUCCGACAAUUAAAAUGGACAAGCAAAUCUUUGAUUCUUAAAUUCAGCAUGUGGCUAGCAAAAUUGAAUUGAAGGCCAAUCUGGUAAUAUGCAGCUCAUUGUUACUGUCCUUUUGUGGCAAUCCUAGUUUAAUACAGUAAAAACCAAGGAAAAAGUGUUACCUGCGCACUUCCAAAAUCCCGAUGCAUAUUUAACCCCUUAAGGAUGCAGCUUCAAAAACUGGACUUACCCUUAAGGACACAAGCAUUUUUAGAAUUUUUUUUUUUUUUUUGCGGUUUGUGUUGAACCUCCAUUUGCAUUUUUCCUAUUUAUUGCACAAACACAUGUUAUAUAUCGUUUUUUUAAAGGACAAAAAGGGCUUUAAUCUGAUGUGACAUAUACAUAUAUAAAUUCUUAUUUAUUGUAAAAAAAGUUUAGGCAAUAAUAACGUGUGUAUAAAAAGUGCAGCUUAAGGAAAGUAAUUAAAAUAUUUAAUUAGUUGUUCUGAUUUUCAGAGUACGUAAUAUGUCUAGGAUUUCAGCUUAUUUUAAAAGUUACAGGUCACAAAAUACAAGGAGUAAAAUAAAAUUUUAAUGUGGAGCUAUUUUAGAAUUUGGUAUGUUUGUCUUGUAAGCUUAAUAGCCAUCACAGAAAGCAAAAUUGCUGCACAAAAGUAUAUAUUUAUAUAAAGCACACAUCACAGGUUAUUUACUAAAGGGUAUUCUGACACUUUUUACGUAGCCAUUUCACCGCCAACCUCUGCUAAAUAGUGUAGUAAAAUUGUGUGUGUGUUUUUUUUUUUUUUUCAGUUUUCUAACAUACACACAUAAAACGAUUUUUUUAUGUGUAUUUCAUAAAUCUGAUAUAUACUACUGCUGUAGAAAACCCAAUAUUGUUUUCAGCCAUAUCAACGGAGUAAAACAAUACCCCCAAUCUAUGCCUUUGCCACUAUCCUGUAAAGUUACAGUAUCAUAAGAGACCUGACCAUUUCAGUUUUCACAGUGAUAAUUUUGAUAGAUGAAUUUGAUGGGGGCAAGUCUCAUUUUGGGGCAUUGUAGCAGUUUAACUGUUGAAUUUAUCCCUCAAGGACCUACCAUUGGUGAAAGUAGACACUGCUGUAUAUCACAUAUGGUGUAUAUUGUGCCUUAACGUGAUGCAAUUUUUUCACCAGUUUAUGUCAAACUUUGUGGUAAAAUAAUUUUUUUUUUCCAUUUUUUACAUACACGUUACAUUUUUUGGGGUCAUUUUCCAAGUCUGGUAUGUGCCACUGAUCAAAAUCCCAUAAUUAUGCUUGGCAAACUCUUCUGAAUAAAACAAUAGCCCCAAUGUAUGUCUUUUCCAUUAUCCUGUGAAGCUACAGUGCCUUAAAAGAGUCCCGACCAUUACAGUUUUUACAGUUAGAAUUUUGAUAAAUGGAUUUGGUGUGUCUAUAUGACAUUUUAGGAAUUGUAGCAGUUUGAAAGUUAAAAUUACCCCAUAAAUGCAUACCAUUUGUGAAAGUAGACACCACGGGCUAUGUCAUAUGGUAUAUUUUGAGCUUUAUUAUACAGUUAUGUCAGCACCAAUUUAUUUCAAAUUUUAUCAUAUUGUUUUAUUUUUGCAUUUUUAUACACACGUUGUAUUUUAGUGGUUAAUUUUGGAAACUUGAUAUAUGCUACUGUAAAUUAAAUCACUAAAUUAUUCUCAGCUAUAUUUCCUGAGUACAAAAUGACCCCCUUUGUAUACCUUAGUCAGGUUUUUGUGAAAAAAUACAGGGCUAAAAUCAUACCCGGCCCAGUACAGUUUUUUUUAAAGGCAAAUUGACAAUGGGUCUUUGUUUCAUUUUGGGGCAUUUUAGUCGCUCAUAUAUUUAAAUUAUGCCACCAAUGCAUACCAUUUACAAAAGUGGACACCAUGGGGACUCUCACAUAAAAUAUUAUAAGCUUUAUUGAAGUGACAUUUUGUUACCAUUUUGUUUCAAAGUUUGUGGUAUUUAUUUUUAUUUUAACAUUUUUACAUACACAUAGUAUUUUUGAUGCUUAUUUUUUAAAUCUCGUGUGUCCCACUGUCAUAAAAUUAUCUUAGCUGUACUCAGCAACAUCUUCUCAGUACAAAUAUACCCCAUAUGUAUAUCUUUGGAAAGUAGCGAUCUUAAUCUUAAUCCCAAUCUAAAUCCCUAAUCCUAAACCAAGCCCUAAUUCUAAACCAAAUCCUAAUCCCAAAUCUAACCCUCAAUCUAAUAAUAAACCCUUACCACAAUCCUAACCCAUAACGUAAUCCCAUGUGUAACCUUAAUUAUAACCUUAAUCCUAAUCUCAAUCUUAUCUUUAGCAAUAGUGUUAAAAUGAGCCCCCCCUGCUGGUGUCAGCAGAGGAAUUCCCUCGCUAUAUUCAGCAAGGGAUGCCCGUGCUGACCAUAAUCCUAAUCUUAACCAUAAUCUGAAUCCUAAUCUGAAACAUAAUCCCAGUGCUACAAUUAAUUAUAAACCUAAUCUUAAACAUAAAUUUAAUAAUAUCUGUUCUGAUAUUAGUAAAGGAGAUUUAAACUAAAAUAGACAGUGGUAUGUUGCCAUCUACUGGCUAUUUUCAGUAUUGCAGUCUCCCAUCUCUUACAUUGAAGCCAUUAUGCCCAAUGCAAUGUGAUCUGUGCUGGGCAACUGAAAAUUCCCAGCACUGAUCAGAAUGGCAUUGGGGCAUAGAGGGUGUUCAGACCCUGGGGGUCUCCCAAGCACCAGAUCACUUGAGAGAAUGACUGUAGCUGAGCUUGAUUGCUCAGCUGUAGUGUUUUGUGGAUUUAAAUGGCUACAUGCAGUGCUGACUUUCAGCACUACAUGCAGCUCAUCAAAAAGUCUGGGGCCACUAAAAAUGGCCCCAGCUGACAGACGGAAGCCCCAGGUAUCUAUUGAUACCUAGGUUUCCUGGUGUGAGCAGAGAUUUAACCCUGCUCACACUACAUUGCUGUCUAUGGGGAUUUAAAUCCAUAGCCCCCAGUGUCACUAGUGUCAGUGUCACUAUGUCUUCCAGCCAGUGUCUGUGUUCCCAUGCCUCCCAGUCAGUGUCCACGUGUCUCCCAGUGUCCCCUAGUCUGCCAGUGUCUGUUCCCAUGUCUCAGUGUUCCUAUUGUCCCCAAAUGUCUGUGUCCCCAUGUCUCCCAGUGUCUGUGUCCCCAUGUCUCCCAGUGUCUGUGUCCCCAUGUCUCCCAGUGUCUGUGUCCCCAUGUCUCCCAGUGUCUGUGUCCCCAUGUCUCCCAGUGUCUCCCAGUGUCUCCAUGCCUGUAUCCACAAGUGCCCCCAUGUCUCCCAGUGUCCGCAAGUGUCUCUGUCCCCAUGUCUCCCAGUGUCCGCAAGUGUCUGUGUCCCCAUGUCUCCCAGUGUCCGCAAGUGUCUGUGUCCCCAUGUCUCACUGUGUCCGCAAGUGUCUGUGUCCCCAUGUCUCACUAUGUCCCCAUGUCUCUCAGUGUCCCUUAGUAUCCCAGACAUGGGGACACGGGGAGAAAUGAGGACACUGGGAGACUAGGGGACUGGGCGACAUGGGGACACUGAGACACUGGGAGACUAGGGGACUGGGCGACAUGGGGACACUGGGAGACUAGGGGACUGGGCGACAUGGGGACACUGACACUGUGAUACAUAGGGACACUGAUGCCAGACUGGCCUUCCAAUUCUUUGGACAGACAUGCCCUUUUUUUGGGCAUGUUAGCCCCUUUUGGCAGUUCUGGUCACGUGAUUCGCGUCAGUGGCCCACCCUUUUACCCCACCCAUUGACUUCCUGCUUCACUGGACACUGCUAUUAGGGGGUAUGGAUUUACUUGAAAGAUGAAAGCAUAAAUUAGAGAAAGAUUAGCAUAGAGUAUGUGUUUUCUUAUAGCUGCCUCCUUUGAGUUUCCCUCCAACACCAACUCCAUCAGAAACAUGACGCUUGGGAGGUAUGAAUGUUUUAUUGUUUUUGGUUGAUCAGAUUCUGUAAUUAGGCCCCAUAAUAAUUGUCAGCACCAGGCCCACUGGGAUCUUAAUCUGGCCCUGGUGGACGGUCUAUGGAGUGUUCCAAAAUUGUAACUUGUAAUUGUGACUGUAUCACAGGUUGCUGUUGGUGAAAAAGAACUGCACUACAUUGCCACCCAAGCACCUUUGCCUCACACAUUCCAUGAUUUCUGGCAGAUGGUGUGGGAACAUGGGGUGAACGUCAUCGCCAUGGUAACUACUGAAGAGGUAUGUAGUGCAACAAUUGCUAUUUAAAUAUGUUUGCGAGUUUGUGCGCGUGAUACAAAUCCUAGCAUUGAGGGGUUCUAGUGAGAUCAUAAAUCCUUGCAAUGAAGACUCUGGGAUGGCAUUAUUUUUACACUGUGCAUGCUUGUGUUAUGUAAUUAUUAUUUUUUUCAAUUAUUUUUUAAAUUAGAGUUAUGGUGAGGGCAAUAGCCAAACUGAAAACCGAAUUAACUUUUUAGAAUUGUUUGUAAUUUAGCUAUUAUGGUCUACAGUUUGGAAUUCCAUUUGAAUUCCCAGCAAUUUUCACUUGGGUAAAUAAAUACAUUUGACUUUUCAUUCUCUAGGUAUCCCAUAUAUACAUUUAUACUAUCUACUACUAUUAAUAUCUAAAUUAAUCUGGAACUGAAGUAUAUAUUGGAACGUUGAUAUGGUUUUUUUUGCAUAUUAGUGUUAUGAAUAGUAACCUGUAUUCCCAGCGCUAUAGUGUCCCCUCCCCUACCCCUUCCGGUGCAAAAAUAAUAUUUAAAAAAAUUUUUUUUUUUUAAAUGUGCUUACCUUUUUCCAUCGCCAUAGAAGUAGCAGAGGAGUCAUGGCCUCUUCCGGCGUGAUCUAAUGCUACUCCAUAAACAAGUGCCGUGUGCAUUCAAACUUCCCCAUAAGGAAUCCUUAAAUAAAAGCAUUCCUACUGGGCAACUGCUAGUAUAGUUGGCCUUAACCCAACAAUGUUUCUCAAAAACGGCAAUGUUUUACAUUGCAGGGUUACGAGGACAGGAACACUGCACCCAGAUCACUUAAUUGAGAUAAAGGGUUUUGAGUGUCUAUAGUAUCCCCUUUAAAGCCUCUAGUACAUAAUACAGUUGUUACAUAUCUUCUGGAAUUGAUAAAGACCAGAACAUUACCCGCCCGUUGUGGGCAACUGAUAAAAAGACCAUUCUUCAUUAGAGUUACUGCUUGACUAGGAGACAAAACUGCAGAGUUUUCACAAAAACCACAGUUUGCUGGCAGACCUAAAAUCUAAACUAAUGAGGAUUCCAAAGCAGUGUUACAGAAGCAAAUUUUGUAUUUUUGUGUAUGUGAUAUGCUGUGUGAGAAUUUGUAUCUGCUGGGUUAAGAGAUUACUCCUUUAACCUUGCAGUGACGGUAACAAUGAUUGUGUUUUCCAAACACUGUGAUAUUUCCAUUCAAGCCAUAGAGGCUGUUUUCUUGUCCUCCGAGUGGAAUAGACUCAUGUUUGUCCGUCCAGUCUCUGCCAGCAUUAAAUUCCUUCUUUGUUAUCAAUUGUAAUGGCUCCAGAAGUCACUAUCUGCUCAGAGAUCCUUUCCUAAAAUACUUGUAAUCGUUUGCCAAACGAAACAUCAAAUUGUUUCCACUGUGAUCUGGGACUGUGGCUCUGUACAUUUUACAGCAAAGUAUAGUAUCAGUCAGCCUUUGGUCUGUUUACCUUCAUAUUGUGGAGCUGUUUCCACAUUUAUUCAUUUUCCUUUAUAUUUGUGUUUUAUCUCAUGUGUGAUGUGUUGCCAGUGAGGGCAAUGUAUACAUCCGUUCACGCUUUUGCUUCCUAAUCUGGUCAGGAUGAUAUAUGAUCUUUGAGUAGACGACAACCAGUUUGCUGCUUUUCAUAUCAGAGGUUAUAUGGCAAAGUAUAAAUAAGGUGUUCAAAGGGAAACCGUCCAUUCUCUGGAAAUUUUGUCCCCGACUAAGACCUUAACAAUAUAUUUUUUUAAAAAGCUAGCAAAUGCAAUCACAUUCAGUUUCAGUCCAGCCAGUUUCUAAAGUGGUCUAAAUGAAUAAUAGUGGAACAAUCCCCAUGUAAACCAAUGGACCAGCAAGCACACCUAUUAGUGAUUCCUCCCACUUUACAUUUUUGCACCACUUUUUAGAAGACAUUUUGAUAAAUCUCCAUUGUUUUUUUCCCUUCGAUAUAAGGUAUAUAUUUUUAGAAAAAGUAUUUCUAUAUAUUGAAGGCAGCAAAGCAAGGAUGUCUACUCAUGCUAUCUCUAUUCUUCUUGCAGGAAGAAGGAAGAGAUCAGAGUCAUCGUUACUGGCCAAAACUUGGGUCCAGGCAGAAUUCUGCCACAUACGGAAAGUUUAAAGUGACCACUAAUUUCCGUACGGAUGCUGGUCGCCAUGCUAUUACAGGGUUGAAAGUUAAUCACUUGCUGUCUGGUCAGGAAAGGACCAUUUGGCAUCUGCAGUUUACGGACUGGCCAGAUCACGGUUGUCCAGAAGAGGCCCAGGGAUUUUUACGUAAGACGAUUUAAAUAUAUAUUUUUUUAAAUUGCUUUAUUUUUAAUUGUUUUUCUAAAUGUAUCCUGCCAUCUAAUAUCCAUUAUCUCCAUUUUAAUCUUGUUGUUGACCCUUUCUCUUUAAUUGUUCUCUUAAACAGUUUAUUUGGAAGAAAUCAAUAUGGUGUAUUCACAUGCCAACAGUAUGCAGGACACAAGCAGCCACUGUAACCCACCGAUUGUAGUCCACUGCAGUGCUGGAGUUGGAAGAACUGGAGUAGUUAUAUUGACAGAGCUGAUGAUGCGCUGCUGGCAAGCUAAUGAGGUGGGGGACGGGAUAUUAAAGUCAAUUUAAAAAAAUGUAACAAACUUUCUAACACGAGCAAUAAAUAAUACAAAAAAGAGAAGUAAAAUACAUAGCACUUAGGAUCAGCAACAGCAUACAAUCUUGUAAUUUCUCCUUGCAUAACCUGGGACAGAUGCAAAAAAACAAACAAAAAAAACCUGCUGUAUCUCAUUGUUGAAGCCCUCAAGUUUGAGGGGCAGGGAGGGUUAUGAACUGGACGUAGGCUCACUGGUAUGCCUUAAUAUUAUGAAACUAUCAAAAUUAGUUUUCCAACCUAAUGGGAAACACCAAAUAUUGCCUCUGACCAGUUAUUUUACAAUGAAUUGUGUGUACAAAUCACAAAAUCUAAUGUGCCGUGGUUUGUUUGUUAGUAAUAUUUAGUAUAUAAUGUUGUAAUAUAAACCAUUUUUGAAAAACCUAUUUCUAUAGGGGUGAUUUUUAAAGUUUUCUUUGUGUUAUUGUAUCAUACACCCUCUAGUAUAAUGACGUAAUGUUCCUUGAGUGAGAAUAGGCUGUGCAGGAAGAUGUCUGCAAACAAUGACAAAGAGGAAAAUAUUAGAUUCUGUAACUGAAUUUGAAACCAUAAAAGUGUGUCACACCAAUCCUGCUUUUUUUUUUUUUUUUUGUCUCCUCCCCAGAAUGUUGAAAUCCCAGCUAUGCUGAAAUAUCUCCGCGACCAAAGGGUGUUUAUGAUUCAGACUAUUGCACAGUAUAAAUUUGUCUAUCAAGUACUUAUCCAGUUUUUCGAAAGUACCAGACUGGUUUGAUACAUUUUGGUCCUUGUGAAGACCAGAAGUCAGUUCGCCAGUUUGGUGACCUGCCCAUCCCGCAAUGUUGUCAUAGACUAUAUCCUACAUUUGGAAGACUUUUUUGCAUAUAUUUUUUUUAAGUGGACUUUUAACACACCGCUUGGGUUUUUCAAUAAUUUGCACCCCAUUUUUUUUUCUUUUUCUAAAGAUAAUUUAUUUUCUCAAAAGCUAUUUAUACAAGAAAUUUAAUAUUUUCUACAAUGAACCAUAGUUUCGUUGUGAUAUAUGAAUGUUGCAAGUGUUAAAUGUGUAUAUAUUUUUAAUCACAUAUUAUGGUUUUUAUAUCUUAAUGAAAUAAAAAUAAAA